CUACCAGGCUGCGGCUUACAGCUUCCUCCUUCCUGGCAGAAAAUCAGCCCUCUAAGGAAAAAUUGUGAGACCUUUUCACAAGCUGCAUCGCUGCAAACCACCGCUUUCCUCUCUCUUCCACUGCCCUCCCUUUCAAGGCAAACUUUUGGCAAAAGCAUCACCAUCAUUUUGUGGUCCAUUGACUUCCACCUUGCAAAUGCCUCUCAAUCAAAGGAGCCAUUAAUAUAAUAGCACGAGAAAAAGGCAAGGAUGCUAGCAUAGUCUAAAUAUGCAAAGUGGGUACUUUACAACCAAGACUCCUUGCCUCGUCUCAUAGGGACUGUUGAAAGGCAACAAAAAAAACACACAAAAAACGGACAGAUUGAACGGACGAAGGCUGGAACAUAAGCACACAAAAAAAAAGAAAAGGAGGAAAACGUAAAACAAAAAUAUAUAUUUUAUAUAUAUAUAUAUUUUUAAAAACAGAAAUAAGGAGACCAGUGGCACGGCUGAACCUGUCAUCGAGACAUGCAACCAUCAAGCAAGCUUAUUAGCCUAUUCUUCCUCAUCUUGGUGGGCAUGGAAUUAACUCAAGUAAGGCUAACACCAAACCUUUUUAAUGAUUUAUUUUUAUUCUUUUUCCGUUCAAGUGUUUUAACAGAACACAAAGGGAAAGGCAGCACACUGGCUUAGAGCACCCUUCCUAUUUCACACAAGCAUGCAGUAUCUUGGCUUGUCAAUCCAUAGGUAGUAGCGAUUGCAUUUUACCCGUUUGGGGCAGUUUAGCGUUGGGGCACCAAACUAUUUGUGUGGUUUUUUUUUCUUUGUUUGUUGUUCUUACCAAAAACAUAUUGUUGGGUUAUCGAGGACGUGUGAGACUAAAGUGUCUUUUUGAAUCUGAUGCACGACUCGAUUGAAGGAUGAGGUCAGCGCAGGUGCUCGGCAAAUUAUUUUGCUACAAUGUUACAAUUCUUUGCAAAUUGUUUCUUUUAUAGGUUGAAAAAAAAAUGACAAAACCCUGUAUUGGUCAACCUUUUGCAUGUGUACAGGAUUUACUGCUGGAUAGGGUAUUGUGUUGUGUGCUAAGCAAUGAUUGAGUGGAAUCAUGCAUUAGCUAUUAAUUGACUGUAUAUCCUGAUGGCAUAAUGCCAGCACAGAGGUAGCUGUAGUUUUGUCUUCAAAUAUGUACGUGUGAUGUUAGCACUUGCUCGUCUGUCACUCAAACAUUUUACUGUUCUUUUGAUUGACUGUGACAUUUAAAUGUCCUUUCCGUGUCUCUAGUGUAGAAAUCCAGGGGGGUAAUUAGUUGCAGGUGAACUCUAGCUCAGCAUAUCAGGGAGGCAGACCAGGGGCACAGGGAGAGUUUAGUGGAUAUGUUGAUUAAAGGAAUUGGAGUCAAGUGAAAAAGGAUUUAGACUCAAUAAUGAGAUUAAAGACAGAAAGUGUCCGGGAAAGCUUAGGCGUUGAACCUUAUCGGAUAAGGGUUUUGUGUUUAAAACCAUCUUGGAUUUGUCACGAGAAGUUUAAAUCAGUUCUUACAAUGCCUUUAUGGCACUGAAUCCCACAGUUUUACUUUUGUUUUUUUUCCAAAAUAUUGUGUGAAUUAAUUCAACAUUAUGGAAAAAGCAAAGACUCUUACACAUAUAUUCUUUAAAAGAAUGUUGUGUGUAGAAUACUGUAUGUUAUUCAGGACCCUGGACUUCACAUGGUACAGUGCAAGACAGACACAGAGGCUAUAAAUGUUUUUGUAUGUGUCUGCAUUUUAUUCAUUUAUUUAUUUGUAUGUAUCUUUGCGUGUGUGUGCACAUUUGGAUAUUUAUGUGUGUAUUUGCAUGCAGAAAUAUUCGUGUGUUUGUGUGUAUUUAUAUGCAAAUUUGGGGGGAUGGGGUUGUGUGUGUGCUUCUAUUCAGAAAUAUGAGUGAGUGGGUAUUUAACAAGCUCAUAAAAGUACCUGUGAAUCCGUAAUUUAUUUAUUUUUACAAUCUUGAAGUAUAUUUUAUGAUGUCUUGUGCAGCACUUAGCUAAUUAAAAAGAAAAAGAAAAAAAACACAGAAUGAGGUCAUUGCAGAUGGAGAAUGAAAUGUGACCACAAACUUACUCUAAUAUUUCCAGACCUUUUUACGGUUUUGCAAUAAUGUUUGGAAAUGCUUUUGUUGGAUGCUGGUAAUGCGCAUGUGUGCCAAUGGAUGGACCUGAAUUUUCUAACCAACCACUGCCCUGAGUGCAUUUAGUGAAUUGUCAAUAAAUUGCUGGCUCAAAGGAUAGGAUGCAGCGAGGGAAGCAGAGGGAUACAUUCCCUCUAAGGACAGAAUUUACAGUAUGAGAUUCCUUGUUAUUCACAAUCACACACACAGUACAAUGUAGCAAUCAAUACCCCGACAGCAGACAAACAUCCAGCUCAGCACAGUAGCUCAUAGUCUGAGAUGAAAGGGAUGGGGGUUAGAAGCCUUGAAGCAACCAGUAUCUGAAUAAUGUGCUGGAUCAUCCUGAGGUUACAACUUAGCAAAGAGGUCCAAAAAGACAGACAAUGAAAAGGAAAAAGUAAAAACAAAAACACAAGUAAUUCCUGAUUACAAAGUCUUCUUCUUGCCUGACACUUAAAAAAACUAAGGUACUAUUACAAAACUAAAGCGAGUGAGCUACUAAAAAAAAUACAGUGAGUGAGCAACUAAAAAGGUUCAAUGCCCUGCUGUCCUGCUGCAGACAGAUAUACAGAGACAAACAAACCAAACAGACAGACAAACAAAUGCAGGAAGAGAGAUGCAGGAGGGAAUUAAAUUGGACAGUUAUCACCUAGAAAAAGAUUAGGGUUAACAAAACUUUGCUUUUGGGGGACACAGCUGCACCCCAAGAUUGUGACUAGCUUAUCACAUGUGUGAGUGCCAUGUGUUAUCCAGCUCACCCAAAUUGCAUUAUAGUCAUAUCCAGCCAUAGCUUAACCCUUCGAGUGCUAUGUAAUGUGUUGCUGGUCCUCUGCUACUUCAAGGGGUUACUGUUCAGUAUCAAUCGCUAAAGUUUAUAUAAGCACACACACACACACACACAGACACAUACACACACACACACACAAACACAUACACUAGCUAAAACAUAAUAUGAUUUAUUGUACAUAAGCUGGUUUGUUGUCACAGCAUUAUUGCAGCUGUGGGUUUUUUUUUUUUUAUAUAUUUCAGCUGUUAUUGUCUGUAUGAGGGUUAUCAACUGAAUAGGGUCUUUUGCUGAAGUGAGCAUUACGUUGGUAAAAUUAUACCUAAAAUAGUGGGGGUGGUAAAUCUUUUCUGUAUUGUUAGUGUAACUGAUACUUGUCAUUAAACCCCACUGCUGUCAGUUUGCAUUAAUACUGUUUUGGGUCAGUUUUACUAUGAGUAACUGGGCACCAUGAGUAUUGAGUAAUAAUGGCAUAUAUAAAGCCAGUGACUUUAGUCACCAUCCAGCAAAUAAGAUGUUAAAUGUGGCAAAAUAUAAUGACAUACAUAUAGCCAAUGACUUUACUCACCAUUCAGCAAGUAAGAGGUUAAAUGUGGUAAAAGAUAAUGACAUACAUUUAAUCACCAUCCAGCAAGUAAGAGGUUAAAUGUGGUAAAAGAUCAUGGCAUACAUAUAGCCAAUGGCUUUACUCACCAUCCAGCAAAUAAGAGAUUAAAUGCUAUAAGAGAAUAUUGGCAUACACAUAGCCAGUGACUUUAUUCGCCAUGAAGCAAAUAAGAGGUUAAAUAUGGUAGAAUAAUAAUAACACACACACAAGGGAUUUUACUCACCAACCAGGAAAUAAGAGGUUAAAUGUGGCAAAAGAAUAAUGGCAUACACAUAGCCAGUGACUCUAUUCACAACCUAGUAAAUAAGAGGUUAAAUGUGGUAAAAUAAUAAUGACAUAAUGACAUACAUGUAGGCAGUGACUUAGUUCGUCAUCCAAUAAAUAAGAGGUUAAACGUGGUGUAAGAAUUAUGGCAUACAUAUAAGCAGUGACUUUAUUCACCAUCUGGACAAUAAUAGGUUAUAUGUACAGCGCUACAGAAUUUGCUGGCGCUAUAUAAAUAAUAAUGAAAUAAUAAUAAUAUGUGCUAAAGGAAUAAUGGCAAACAUAUAGCUAGUGACUUUACUCCCCAUCAGCAAAUAAGAGGUUAAAUGUGGUAACAAAAUAAUGGUACAUCUAUAUAUAUAUAUAGCCAGUGACUUUGUUAGCCAUCCAGUAAAUAAGAGGUUAUUGGGGUAUCAGAAUAAUGGCAUACAUAAAAGCAGUGACUUCUUUCACCAUCCGGCAAAUAAGAGGUUAAAUUUGGUACCCUUCACUGAAAGGUGAGGCAUUGUCAAAGGCACUCUGAGUGUCCCCCAUCCAGCGAUUGAUUUGCUGGUUCUGGCAGCUUCAGAUAUUAGGUCAUAGAGCAUGGCUUGGGAAUAUGUGUCUUUGGUAAGGUAUAAACUAGAGGUUGUAACUCACUCAUUAACUCCUUCACUGCCGAAAUAAUUUUGUUCAAGAAGUUGCACCACAUUUAUUUUAAAUGUGAUACGUAACUAAUGCAUAAACAUAGGGUAAAACAACAAGAUUGAGUUUCAGGCUACAAAAUGUUUUAUUUAUUAAUUUAUCCUUUUGAGAAAUAUUGAGGAUCGAUACGGUACGCCUUAUCUAGCAAACUUGUCCAUAGAUGCAGAUAUAUGUUUUUUUUGUCACUUACAAUAUGUAUUACAAAACAACUAAAUAAAAAUUGUCAAAUGGCCUGCUUAGAGGUAUUUGUAAGGAAAUUAUAGCAUUUCUGAAAAUUUGACCUUCUAAGAGUAAUGUAGAAAUAAUUCCCUCAUUCAGUGAGUACCGUUACACCAAGCAUAUUCACAGUACAGCGCAUUAUAAACUGGCAUUACUGCCUGCAAAUAAUAGUUGCGUUGUCUGCUCCCUGGGUGUUAGAAUGCAGUCGUAAAGUUUUACUUACAAAGGUUGUGGGAUAAAAAAGCAAGGCUGUCCUUUAUUGCUCUUCUGCAGCAAUGCAGAGGGACACAGUAGGGCGCUGGCAGGGAUAAAAUGAACAAUAGUAGAUAGGGGAAGGUAAGUGAGAUUUUGCAAAACUAAAGUAAACACGAGUAUCACCUGAGCAACAAGUGAGACAGGUAUGAAGCUUGAGAAUAGACAGAUACAUUUUCAAACACUGUUGACAACCCUCAUUCCCAACCUGUGAUAUAUUUAAAUUUUACCAUAUAUUUCUCAAACCAGGAACUAAUGCUGUUGCUUCCCGACCAUGUCUACGAUAUCGGAAAAUGAACACUACUCAAACACUAUAACAAUGUGUUUCUCUCGUCUUCUAUAGCCCUCAUUCCCAAUCUGUGAUAUAAAUUUCCAUAUUAUCUUCCAUCAAAGUUCGUGCACAUUACCUGCUCACUGUGUACCUUCCACGAAUGAUAGGCCUUUAAAAACAUGAAUGGUACCAACAUUAUUUUUUAAUUUUUUUUAUCCUUUACCAUAAGCUUUGUUCAGCUUAUCUUAGUAAAUCUUAGUAAUAAUGAUAAAUGUAAAAAUGUAACCAAUGUCUACUUGUAAGUGAAUGACUGAACUUGUGCAGUCAAACUGGCGAACAUCCCCCGGUGAAUAUAUCAGCUCGAAUGCUAGAGUGAACUUUAGCUUUUUACUUUUCUUUUUCCACUUGCAUAACCUUAUUUUUUGAUGAGGCUGUCAGCUGCAAUCCCAAGAUAAGGCUUCCACUUUAUUGAGGUUGACCAUUCAUGACUUCACAUUUUAUUACCAAUGAUCUUCACUCAAACAGUGUUAAGAUGUACUAUGGAACUUCUUCUGGAGUGAAAAUGAGCAAAGCUGCUGUUGUUCACUUUGCAGAAUUUAUAGCAUUGUUGGCCAUUAUAUUGCAUUGGACAAUGUUGUGGUAGUACCGAUGACUCCAACUGGUCAAUUCUAAUCACAAAUAAAAACUUUGUGACAAACAAGGCUACAAAAAAAAAAAAUGUGAUGACACAGCUAUGUUAUCCGAUAAAUGGUCAAUGUGACAUCAAGAUUAAUGAUUAAAGAAAUAUUCUGAAAUGCCACUUUUUUAAAAUUUCAAUGUAUUGAAGAGCUUCAACUUUUUUACAAGUGAAUAUGUCUGGGAGAACUGGCUUAGAAGAGGUAAAGAUGGACCUCUUUAGUUUGCCCAGUAGAAACCUGUUUCUUGCUAGAUGGAACAUAAAGAUUAAUUUUUACUGUAGAUGUACGUUUCCCAAAAGCUUUUAUUUAGAAUUCCCAGCAUAUGCCUCCCUCAUGUAUAUAAAAACAUAAAAAUGUUUCUAUGUUUCUAAAAUAUUUCUUCUUGCAGAAUUCCUAUGUUGAGAAUAAAGCCAACUUGGCCAGUCACAAUUCACAUUACACCCCCAAGUUCGGUGGCUGACCUUAAAAGUGUUUUGCACAAGUCAAGGUCCUAAAACUGUCCUCAAGCAAACUUAGAGGUGCCCUUCCGAUUUUCUCAUGUAACCAUCGGGAUAAUGAUACAAGCAAUUAGAACUUGUAACUAUAACCUGGAACUUAGAAAGUCAACAGCAGACCACAGGGCUGCCCCCUUAAGUUUUACGUUGGAUGUAAGGGGGCAUUCCUUAAAAGUAAAAUUGUAAAAGAGGAGUUGUUUUGCUUGAAAGUAGGCAUGACUGGAGCAUAAGUGGCCAUUUCCAAAAAGAUGUGAUCACCUGAAAGUAGAUGGGGUAACACUGUCAUAGAAUGGGAAGUCUGAAUCCUCCAUCAUUAAAUAAACGUUCUAACUCUGAGAAACCAUGGCAAUUUCAGACAAUUUUGCAGACAUGCCUGCAACUGCUAUAACUUAUUAAAUUUCAGGGUCAAUUGCAGUGAAAGACAGCCUUGCCACCGCAGAUGUCUGUGGAAUAAUUUCCCAUGAAGUUCAGCCCAAUGGCAGUGGGAGACUUUAAACCAGAAUGUGGGGAGGAUGGAUGGAAGUUCAAUUCACAUAUGUAUCAGUGUAGAUAAGCUGGGGGCACAUUGUUAGAGGAAUCAUGUGCAUGCUGAGUCAAAAUAGUCUGACCAACUCUGCAAGUCUGUGAAUGUAUGUGUGUUUGGAAUGAUGGUCAAAUGACCAUGAAAAGCAACAAGCAUAUGUGAAGACGUACGAGAUGUGUAAGAUAAACCAAACUGGCUUAAUGGAAAGAAUAAAAAAGACAAAAUGAUAAGACGAAUCUAUCACAAGACAUUUACCUGUGGAGUCCUAAUUAAUGAAUAAUUAGUAUUAUAAUUUACAUUGUGCCAACAUUUUUAAUUUAAUAAGACCUCCCCUUCUAACCCUGCCCAGACUUUCUGUAACUGUCCAAUCACAAACUUCCCAAUGCAGCUCAAUGAGUCUUUGCAAGGCAGGUGCACUGGACAAUUGCUGCCUCCACUGAGCUAACCAAACCAGGAAGCAGCAAGACCAGUCAUAUGAUAGACAGCCAGGGGGUGUAACCAGGUUAAUUGAUAAAAGUUCCAAUUUCUAUUGAAAUCUGUACGUUUUAUAAAAAAAAAAAAAAAAAAGAGGACACACUCGUCACACAUAAAGCAAACUGAUGUGCCUAGGGGCCUGGAGUGUCCCUUUAAUGUUUAGCAGAUGUUAUAAAUGUUUAGUUAAUUGAUAGUGUAAUAUAAAUUGAAGUAAACAAAUCUAUUUUUAUUAGUAAGCCCAGCGGAUUUUAAUGUCUCUUGAUUUGUUUCUUUGACCCUUUCAACCAUUAGGCUUAGACUUAACCCCUUAAGGACACAUGACAUGUGUGACAUGUCAUGAUUCCCUUUUACUCCAGAAGUUUGGUCCUUAAGGGGUUAAAAUCCAUCUUAAAAAAACAAAGAAGUGGUUUUCAUAUAAACCAAUUUCAGCCAAUUCCUGGGGGUUCCUCAUGACUGCACAGGAAGGCACCCCCAGGGAGUUAACUGAAAAUUGAUUUAUUUAAAAACUAAGCAGAGUUUCUAAAGCAUCAUUGGUCGUUACCAAAAAAAAAAAUCUUGCUUGGCUAUGUUGGCCCAAAAUUUAAAUUCAUUUUGAAAUCCCAACAAUUUACAUGCAGAAUAAAAAAACCUGUUUUAUAGAUUAAAAGUGCUAUAUUUUUAUUUUAACCAUGAAAUGCUCUUUUGUCCUUCUCUGUUGCACAUGUACGGUGUAAUUCCACAAUGUUAUUCACAUAGCUUCUAAAUUGGCUAAAUGAUCCCUUUCAAUCCAUUCAGACAGCUUCACACCAAAAAUGGUAUAUUCCAAUCAGUUAUUCAAUUCCCACAAUACUUUGCCAACUAGGGUACUAGCACUGAGCAGUGUUUGUAUGUUUGAAUGCAAGCAUGUUUUUGUUUGAAGUAUGUGUGUGUGACUGUAGGGGUGUGUUUGUGUUUAGUGUUGUGUUGGGUGGUUUUAUGCACUGUUGCCAUUUGUUUUACUUGUGUGUAGUGUUCCCCAUGGAAUGUAGUGGUGGGUCUGUAUGUAUUGUUGACGUUUGAAUGCAGGGGUGUAUUUGUGUGUAGUGUUUGAGUUUGAAAGCUGAGAUGUGUAUAUAUAUAUACACACACUGCCACCCACCCACACUGAUAUCGAUACACAUACACAAACAGACAUAUACACACUGGCACACAUUAGGAUCCACAGAUAAACAGACACACAAAUACACACACCGACACAAAUACAGAUACAAACACUGACACACAUGCAGAUACACAGGUAAAGACAUGUAGAUACACAGACACACACAGAUACACAGACACAGACAUACACACACUGACACAAAUGUAGACAUACAGACACACAAAUACACACAUUGAUACACAUGCAGAUACACAAACACACAUUGAUACACACAUAUACACAGACACACAGAUACACACACUGGCACAAAUGCAGAUACAUAGACACACAUUGAUACACACAUACAUAUACACAAAUACACACACUGAUACACAUGCAGAUACACAGACACACACUGACACAAAUGUAGAUACACAGACACACACAGUAACACAUGUACAGACACACAAAUACACACACUGAUACAUGUGCAGAUACACAGACACACACUAAUACAUACAGAUACACAGGAAUACAGAUACGCACACUGAUAACACAUGCAGAUACACAGACACACACUAAUACACACAGAUACACAGACUCAUAGAUACACACACUGACACACGUGCAGAUACACAGACACACACUGAUACACACAAAUACACAGACACACAGAUACACACACUGACACAAAUGUAGAUACAUAGACACAUACAUUAACACACGUACAGACACACAAAUACCCACACUGAUACAAGUGCAGAUACACAGACACACACUAAUAAAUACAGAUACACAGGCACACAGAUACACACACUGAUACACAUGCAGAUACGCAGACACACACUAGUACACACAGAUACACAGACUCACAGAUACACACACUGACACACACUGACACACGUGCAGAUACACAGACACACACACAUUAACACACAUACAGAUACAAUCCUUUGAAAACAAAAUGAUUUAAAUGUUAAAUCUUAAGCUGUCUAUAUGUUCUGGCUGUGCAUUAUUCCUUUCUAUAUGUCUUUAGUGCGCUCUCUGUAGGACUACAAAUAUUUAUUGCAUAAAGUGCAAAGCGUUGAAAUAUUCAUAGCUUGAAUUUCUACUGGGUCACAUAAAGAUUAGACUCGAGAGCUUCAUGCACGCCCUAGUGAGUACCGGUUUUCUGGCAACAGUUACUGAUCUGAAGAACAUACAAUGUAACAAGCCAUUUCUCAAGAUGCUGUUAGCAUAGCCCUGAGCCUGAUUACAGAAUUCUUGUCUUAAUCACGAAAUGUUUACCGGUAGUAAAUUCUAGAAAGAUCAUGAGCUAUCAAUCCAAGUACGACACAAGUUACAACAGUGAACGAGUUAAGGUAGUCUCAAGUAGUCAACAAAAAUACGCCAACAAGUACCUUGUUUCAGAUCCUAUUGUUUUAACAUCUAUAUGUUUUUCAAAGCAGAAAGGAAAAUUUUGGUUGAAGAAAAAUAUCCACAACAUGAGAUAUCAAAGCGAUAAGGAGUUAAUUUCACCAUAAAGUAAUAAGUGGAUCUGUAACAUUUCAACCCCAUAGAGCUCUUAGUUCUGGAAGUCCAUGUUUUGGUGGUAUAUGUCUUCAUAAUGACUAUGUCAUGUGUUGUUGCCAUUCAAUUUUAUAUUUUGUUAAAUGUCAGAAUUUUGGAGAACCUGGGGAUAUCACACUCAGUUGUCCUAUAUAGGGCACUGGUUGACUUUUUUGACUCUACUCUUGUUUGGGUUGCAGAUAGAACGGAGGUGAAAUCACAACUUCCUAUGCAGAUAAUCAUUUCGAUCAUUUGUGGACUUCAAAAAUGUUGCUGGUUUUUAUAUGCAAUCAUUACCCCGUAUAACUCUGUGGCAUUGUGUGACUGGAUUUAAAUCUUUAGUUCCUAAAAAUGUUCUGCUAACCUUGCCAUCAAUAAGUGAUAAUGUGCCAAUAUCAUGCAGGUCUCAUCACAUUCGUUAUCUCCACAUUUGUAUAGAUGCAGUACAAUGGAUAAUAUAAGUUAUGGACAAAUAAGGACUAACUGCAUUCCCUCUGCUUUCAAUUUUCUACCUCCCUCCAAAGAAAAACAUAUUGAUCAUAAUAUUAUUGGCUAAGAUCAGAUACAGCCUUAGACCUAAUCUUUUUCUCCUGGGGCCUUUACCACUUCUUCUAAUUGGCAAAGAUAUAUAAUGACCAUGUAUAAGCUACAUUACAAUCUAAAUAAUAAGAAAUGUAAACAUUGUUUCCCUGCCCCAUUACUGCCCCAUUGAUCAAUAUAACUACAUCCCCUGUGUUUUGCAGCAACGUGCCAGUGUCAUCAAAUUUCAGAGCAUGGACAUGCCAGUGUAACUUCUCUGCCUUCAAAUCCAAAUUUGACGCAAACAUAACAAGUGUCAACCGAAUCAUUGACUGCAUAGUUAGCAGUGAAUAGGACUAUCCUUGAUAAAUCAGGCAUCAUUGACUAUGCUUUUUCAGGCCGAAUUGCCGAAUUUAACCAUCUCACCCUGAAAUGCAUUUGGGCUACAUUAAUUAACCCUGCAAAUUAAAGCAGAUCUUAUAAUGUUGAACAGUAAGGCGUUUAUCAUUAGUUGUUAUGAGAAAACCUACAAUACCAGAAAUACAAAUGUUUUAACAGGUGAAACAAUCGACAACAUAAUAUAUAUAAUAUAUAACAUAAUAUAAGUAUGCCCUACUGCCAUGGUCCAUACUUCAUUCUGGCGUCUUUUUACCAUCUUUAUAUAGAUCCUGGUAUUCAUGUCAUUAUUUUCACAACUCACCAAUUUGCGUCGUUCCAAUGAGAUCAGUCUCACACUCUUUGAUGUCAUAAUUGACGCAAGCCAACAGCAACCACUCUCGGGCUAUUUAAUGCCCCUCUGGCCACUUCUCCCCACCCUGUCAUGCUUUAAGUUACCCGACGUUGCGUUAUUAUGUAUUUCUCUAUUUUUGGUUCUUGGCUUGGCUCUGUUUAUCAACUAUUCUGAUCUUUGGAACUCUAGGCUUUGACUCUGUUUCCUGUUUAUACGUAUUUCUGUACUCCUUGACCUCGGCCUGUCCCUGUCUUUUAUACUAUCUCAAAUCCAGCCUAUCUUUAGUAUAGAACACUCUGUACCUUAGGUUUGCAUAUUGGGGUGCACAUGCCCAGACACACCCACUAUGCUAUUGUUUUAGGGGAUCAACACCUUAAUAUUAGAUUGAUUGACCUGCUUUAAUCUGAUCUACUCACUGUGCAAGCAGGAUAUUUUCAUUUACAGGCAGAUAAUAUAUAUACCAUGUCUGUCAUCACCCAGAAUCCACUCUGAUUUCCUCCAGAAUGUCUUGCUUAUGGGAAAGAUCAGGGAGGUUGCUGGGAAGGUGCACAUGCUAUGUUCCCACUGUUACCCCUUAUGGUCCAGUUGCAACAAGAUAAUGUUGUUAAAGAAUAAAUAUUGCAUUUAUUAUAUAUUUUAUUAUAUAUUUUAUUAUAAUUUAUUCUGCACAGGGUGAAUGCAAUAUGUUAAGCAGAUGAAAUUGGGCCGUGUGGUGUUAACAAAGAGAGAUGAGAUCGCAUACAUAUUUAUGUCUCAAUAUAAAGGCAUGAUUUUCCAUUUGUGUACCUCGUGACGUGUAGUUGAGGGAGAGGGCUGUUCCAUGUUAGGUUUAGUUCUUUUUAUCCUGGUGUUAAUUGGAAGGUGGAUUAUUCACACCUCUGCUAACACAUUGAGACAUUUUUGGCAACACUAUAUUCUAUGUGCCUAUAAGGUAUUAAAUGGGUGUAGGUACAAGUCUUAACAGGAAUGUGCUGGUAAUGUAUUGGUAGUAUAUCUCAUUUCUCUCUGUCUAUCUAUCUAUCUAUCUAUCUAUCAUAUAUCUAUCUAUCCAUUUAUCCAUCUAUCUAACAAUCUAUGAAUCAAUCAAUCUAUCUAUCUAUCUAUCUAUCUAUCUAUCUAUCUAUCUAUCUAUCUAUCUAUCUAUCUAUCUAUCUAUCCAUCUAUAUAUCCACCUAUCUAUCCAUCUAUAUAUCCACCUAUCUAUCCAUCUAUCCAUCUAUCUAUCUAUCUAUCUAUCUAUCUAUCUAUCUAUCUAUCUAUCUAUCUAUCUAUCUAUCUAUCUAUCUGUCUGUCUGUCUGUCUAUCUAUCUAUCUAUCUAUCCAUCUAUCUAUCCAUCUAUCUAUCUAUCCAUCUAUCUUUCCACCUAUCUAUCCAUCUAUCUAUCCAUCUAUCUAUCCACCUAUCUAUCUAUCUAUCCAUCUAUCUAUCCAUCUAUCUAUCAACCUAUCUAUCUAUCUAUCUAUCUAUCUAUCUAUCUAUCUAUCUAUCUAUCUAUCUAUCUAUCUAUCUAUCAACCUAUCUAUCCAUCUAUCUAUCCAUCUAUCUAUCAACCUAUCUAUCCAUCUAUCUAUCUAUCUGUCUGUCUAUCUAUCUAUCUAUCCAUCUAUCCAUUUAUCUAUCUAUCUAUCUAUCUAUCUAUCUAUCUAUCUAUCUAUCUAUCUAUCUAUCUAUCUAUCUAUCUAUCCAUCCGUCUGUCUGUCUGUCUAUCUAUUCAUCCAUCCAUGUUAGUGCUAAGGAGGCGAGGCAUUACAAAGCUGUCUGUGUGCGUUAUGUUCUUUGUGACGGACCAUGCAUCAGGCUACAUGAAGAAAAAGAUGAUUUUUGCAACCACAAUAAAGUUAAGCUUCGGUUAAGCAAUAACUUUUCUCAUCUCUAAUAUGUAGCAAAAAAAUUUAAAAAAGAUCCUCAGUUUGAUUUAUCGAGGAAGGUCGAAAAGGAGAAUGCAGUGUUUGCCAUAUUUCUGUUCCAAGUGGGAAAAAAAAUGUCAAUAUUUAACUUUGAUAAAGGGCUUUCACCUGUCCUGGUACAUCAGCUGCCUGGACUGUUUUUAAGCCACAAAAUAAAAUAAAAUAAAAAUAUCUGUGUGCACUUAGAGUGACUUAUUGUGUCCAAGAAAUCUAAAAGAAAAAGUGCAAGUAAUGGGCUAGCUCCAUUCAAGGGUCAUUCGAGUGCUUUUUAAAAGCUCUGAAAGGUUUUAUGUAAUGUAACGGUUAAUUGCUUGGAUACACACGUCGAUAUUUUACUUUACCAGUUGGGAUCCAGAAAUUAAUGAUUGAAAAGUAAAAAGGACAACAUAAAUAGCCUUUGAUUGCUGUAAAGAACAUUCCCUUCCUCCCACCCAUUUACUGAGACUGUUUAGGCAGCGAUCCUCACCAGAGCCCUUUAAUGCUGUAGCCCUUAAGACCUGCAGAGAUUUUGUUUUUUAACAAUACACCAGGGUACCUUUAAAAUGCUUUUAGUCUACAUCUGAAGUUUUAUCACUAUCUUUCUUUAUUCUCAAUGUAUAUUAUAAAAGAUCAUGUAUUGAAAUGUAUCAUGUACUAGAAUCUGUAUUUCAUUUCUGUCCUAUAGGUGCCUAUGAUUAAUCACCUAUAACAAGGUGCCUAUGAUUAGGUGCCUUACAUGACAUUGUAUUUCCAUGCUCUAAGGGAAGUGAAAAUAUAUAACUAUAUAAUGCCGGGUUCUUUUUUCAUGUUAUGGUGCUAGCUGACUAAUCUUGAUGUUGAAGACAAGUUUUUGACACAUGAGCGAACAGAGAAAGAUUUAUUUUUAUUUUAUUUGUUUUUAAAUAAUUCAAUAAUACUUUUUCAGAGUACCCAUAUUCGUUAAGCUCAGUAUAUAUAUUAGGAUUAUUGAUCCUGUCCCUUGAUUUGCUUGCUUAAUUAAUGAGCAAAAAAUCCCCACACUUUUUCUAGGCAUUUUAGGAAAUGAUACAUGGAAUAUUUGGGCGCUGCCUUCAUUAGAAUGGGUGAUAAGGAAGCAAAAUAAAUAAAGCUGUUUUCUGGUAUCUUCCCCAACAAAUACAUACAGUCUGUAGUGGCAAUGUCAUAUUUUUCAGAGCAUGUAGCUUAGGAUGUGAUCAAAAAAGCUAAAGAAGCAUUCUGUGCUCAGAAAAGCUAAAGAAGCAUUCUGUGAUCAGAAAAGAUAAAGAACCAUUCUGUGAUCAGAAAAGAUAAAGAAUCAUUCUGUGAUCAGAAAAGAUAAAGAAUCAUUCUGUGAUCAGAAAAGCUAAAGAACCAUUCUGUGAUCAGGAAAGAUAAAGAACCAUUCUGUGAUCAGAAAAGCUAAAGAACCAUUCUGUGAUCAGAAAGGAUAAAGAACCAUUCUGUAAUCAUAAAAGAUAAAGAACCAUUCUGUAAUCAGAAUAGAUAAAGAACCAUUCUGUGAUCAUAAAAGAUAAAGAACCAUUCUGUGAUCAGAAAAGAUAAAGAACCAGUCUAUGAUCAGAAAAGCUAAAGAACCAUUCUGUGAUCAGAAAAGCUAAAGAACCAUUCUGUGAUCAGAAAAGAUAAAGAACCAUUCUGUAAUCAGAAUAGAUAAAGAACCAUUCUGUGAUCAGAAACGAUAAAGAACCAUUCUGUGAUCAGAAAAGCUAAUGAACCGUUCUGUAAUCAGAAAAGAUAAAGAACCAUUCUGUAAUCAGAAAAGAUAAAGAACCAUUCUGUGAUCAGAAAAGCUAAUGAACCAUUCUGUAAUCAGAAAAGCUAAAGAACCAUUCUGUGAUCAGAAAAGCUAAAGAACCAUUCUGUGAUCAGAAAAGAUAAAGAACCAUUCUGUGAUCAGAAAAGCUAAAGAACCAUUUUGUGAUCAGAAUAGAUAAAGAACCAUUCUGUGAUCAGAAAGGAUAAAGAACCAUUCUGUAAUCAGAAAAGAUAAAGAACCAGUCUAUGAUCAGAAAAGCUAAAGAACCAUUCUGUGAUCAGAAAAGCUAAAGAACCAUUCUGUGAUCAGAAAGGAUAAAGAACCAUUCUGUAAUCAGAAAAGAUAAAGAACCAUUCUGUGAUCAUAAAAGAUAAAGAACCAUUCUGUAAUCAGAAUAGAUAAAGAACCAUUCUGUGAUCAGAAAAGAUAAAGAACCAUUCUGUGAUCAGAAAAGCUAAAGAAGCAUUUUGUGAUCAGAAUAGAUAAAGAACCAUUCUGUAAUCAGAAAAGAUAAAGAACCAGUCUAUGAUCAGAAAAGCUAAAGAACCAUUCUGUGAUCAGAAAAGAUAAAGAACCAUUCUGUAAUCAGAAUAGAUAAAGAACCAUUCUGUGAUCAGAAAAGCUAAAGAACCAUUUUGUGAUCAGAAUAGAUAAAGAACCAUUCUGUGAUCAGAAAAGAUAAAGAAUCAUUCUAUGAUCAGAAAAGCUAAAGAACCAUUCUGUUAUCAGAAAAGAUAAAUAACCAUUCUGUGAUCAGAAACGAUAAAGAACCAUUCUGUGAUCAGAAAGGUAAUGAACCAUUCUGUAAUCAGAAAAGAUAAAGAACCAUUCUGUGAUCAGAAAAUAUAAAGAACCAUUCUGUGAUCAGAAAAGCUACAGAACCAUUCUGUAAUCAGAAAAGAUAAAGAACCAUUCUGUAAUCAGAAAAGCUAAAGAACCAUUCUGUAAUCAGAAUAGAUAAAGAACCAUUCUGUGAUCAGAAAAGGUAAAGAACCAUUUUGUGAUCAGAAUAGAUAAAGAACCAUUCUGUAAUCAGAAAAGAUAAAGAACCAGUCUAUGAUCAGAAAAGCUAAAGAACCAUUCUGUGAUCAGAAAAGCUAAAGAACCAUUUUGUGAUCAGAAUAGAUAAAGAACCAUUCUGUGAUCAGAAAAGCUAAAGAACCAUUUUGUGAUCAGAAUAGAUAAAGAACCAUUCUGUGAUCAGAAAAGAUAAAGAAUCAUUCUAUGAUCAGAAAAGCUAAAGAACCAUUCUGUAAUCAGAAAAGAUAAAUAACCAUUCUGUAAUCAGAAAAGAUAAAGAACCAUUCUGUGAUCAGAAAAUAUAAAGAACCAUUCUGUGAUCAGAAAAGCUACAGAACCAUUCUGUAAUCAGAAAAGAUAAAGAACCAUUCUGUAAUCAGAAAAGCUAAAGAACCAUUCUGUAAUCAGAAUAGAUAAAGAACCAUUCUGUAAUCAGAAUAGAUAAAGAACCAUUCUGUGAUCAGAAAAGGUAAAGAACCAUUUUGUGAUCAGAAUAGAUAAAGAACCAUUCUGUGAUCAGUAAACUUUAACACCAAUACCAUAAGUGCUUGCAUAUGCCGCAUAUGUUUAUUUUUACGCUUUACCGUUCAUUUUAUUUAACAUUUCAAGCUGCUAACGUGGAAUACAUUCUAUGAUGUAAUAGUGGGUAGCGCGUAAAGGGGCAUUCACCACUUAUCGCUCACUAGAACCAGGAAUUUAAGUUGGGUGCUGAGGGUUGCAGCAUGUUAUCUGUCUUCAAAGAACACUCCACACACAUAAAACACACAGCGUGCUGAAGUGCUCUACAUGUGAAGUGCUUCCCUUUACAUAAAGUGCAGUUUUGAACAUAAAUUGUCACUUUUAUCAAUUCAUUGUUACACCCACCUGGCUGUCAAUCAGACAACCGGUCCUGUUACUUCCUGGUUGCUUAGCUCAGUGGGUCUAAACUCAAGAAGCAGCAAUUGCCCAGAGCACCUGCCUUGCAAAGACUUCUCAUUGAGCUGCAUUGGGAAGUCUGUGAUUGGACAGCCACAGAAAGUCUGGGCGGGGUUAGAAGGGGAGGGCUUGCAAAGGCUGCAGACAAGGAAUCUGCAGCUUUUGCAACUGUUUUUAGUUAUACUGUCAGUUUUUCAUUGGGGCUAUGUAUACUAAAUAGUGAUGAUGAUGAUGAUUAUUAUUAUUGUAUUUGGUAUCUAUCUUUUUAAAAUGCGUGCAGACUCGGCGACAUGCAACAGACAUCAAAAUACUUGAAAUAUUACUGGUGCCAGACCUGUAAGUGUGGAGAAUUGACAGGUGUAUUGCUAAUUUUAAGGCAAUAGAGCUAAAUUGGAAUAAUUCUCCAACAAAGCUAAUUUCCAUGCCUAGUUGUAUUUUGGGCUAAAAUGUUCAAUUACUAGUUAAUUUCUCCCGAAAUCUCAUAAACAAACAAAUAAUUCAACAAAUGGAGGAAACUUCACUAUUUAAACAUUAAUAGUUUUUGCACUGAAGUUCCAAUUUGUUUUCCCUUUUAAAAUGUGCUGGUCUUUAAAAGGUUCCUAAAAAUAUUUACAAGACAAGACAAAUGUAUCUCCCGAUGCUAGAAAGAUAAUUUUAUUUGAUUUUGUUUUUAGAUUUCUGUUGAAAGAUUUCUAAUGUGAAAUGCACUUUUAAUUCUAAGCUAUUCUCAGAUCCAAAUGAAUGGUAAAGCGGAGAAGUAAAGGCUUGCCAGUCUCCACUAAGCCCGUAAUCUGAUAGACACUCGGCUGCGGGUUACGGCUUGUCAGUCUCUCUACAAAUAGUGAUAAUUGGACUUGAGAGAAUUAAAGUGUGUCCUUAGUGAAUAGGAUGUAACGUCUACUAAGAAACAAGACGUGCAUUGCAGUUUACUUGUUUUCUUAGACGUGGGAAGUGUUUAAUGAACUCUUUGACUGCCAAAGAGUUUUGCGAAGCCCAGUUCUGUCAUUCCCAAAAUGGCUCAUAUAACCCUCAGCUAAUUUAAGUGCAAUUAGUGAAAUAAACACUAGGUGGCGCCAAAACACUGCACUUUAAAUUUUCUGCCAUUUAAAAGACAAUUGAAAGCCUGGCAGGCAUUGUUCAUCAAUUAAACAAGAACAGACUCCGUCAGUAAUUUAAUAGUGUGUAUUAAUGGCCAAGCGUCAAUAGUUUGAUAUAGUAUAGCCAAAAGGCCUACUUCUAAAAGCAUUUUCAUAGUACAGGAUUUAACCCCUUGAAUGUCAUGGCGGUGUGGAGAGUUAACAUAUUUUCAUAGGAUGCUUCUGCUCCGGAGUGCAGAGAUUUAACCCUUUCAGGGUUUGGUAUACGCCAUAUAGCCUGCGCGAACUGAAAUCGUUAAUGUAUGAUAGGAUAUAAAGGGAUUUGCCCAACCAUGGGUAAUUAAGGAGUUAAAUGAGCUUCUUUUAAAUUUCCUAUCUGCAUUAUUGUCACGGGAUUUUCCUAAUCUAUUCCCUAAGGGAGAUUCCCAAAAAUGCACUGCUUUCAAAUUGAUUAUCCAUGACGUAGAACCUAAUUAAUGCAGGAGGAAAGACAGGUGUCUUAUGGUAAGUGUUGGUCCUGGGGUGGGUGGCCGGCAGGAACAAUACAAUAUUGUAUUUCAUGCUAUUAUCUACCGUUGCUCCUCUCAUAGCAGAUGUUUCAAGUAAAGUAGCUCUAUGGUACUCUCAAAAUGAAUUAUUUUUCCUUUUCACUAUAGCUCUGUAUAGUAAAUGAUCCAUACUCUCAGCUAGCAUGAACCGAUAACAACCCAUACAGGGUUAUUCACUCAAAUGAGAAUUCAAAGCGAAUUUCAAAUUUCAGGUGAAAAUAACCAAGCUCUGGUUUUAAAUUUUAAUUUCACUUUAAUUUCUCACUUUAUUGAAUAACCCAGAACUUGGAGCAGAUAUGACUGUAACAUGUAAACGGUAUUAAAAUGGUGAAAAGACACACGUGGUUAAUGGAUAAAACACACCCCUGGUUAUUUACUAAAAUGGGAAUUAUUGGGAAUUCAAAUUGGAGACCAAACUAGUUGAAUUGGGAAAAGUUUCCGAGUCCGUUAGGCUUCCAGUUUGGUUAUUUGACAUUCAUUUUGAAUUGACUUUGAAUUCCUCACAAUUCUCACUUUAUUAAAUAACCCUGAAAAUUCUUCGCAAGUCAUGUGCGUAUUAUAAUUCUAAUGUAAGAGCUACGAAAAAUGCAUUGGCAGCAUUACAGGGAGCAAAACAUAGGGACUCAAUUCUAGAAAUCCGGGAGAGUUGGCAGGUGUAGUCUUAUUUAAAUGCACGUGUUCUUUUGAGACAGGUGUUUUUUUACUGCUGAAAUUUAGAUUAAUCGGGUAUGGUUUUCAUGUAUAAAAAUAUAAAAUCUCUGCAUCAGGUACACUGUGUUUUAGGGUGAGGCUCUGUAACAUUUUGUAUAUGAUUCUACCAGAGAACACAGCACUUGAUGUUGUACAGGAAAACUGAUAAAUCAAGAGAAUUCAUCAAAAUAAAAAAAAUGACCAUUUUUUUUUUAAAUAUUCAUUUUUGCUAGGUGAUAUAAUGUGAAAAAGGUUGCCUGCAUCUCUGAUUAAAAAUUAAAAAAAUAAUUAAAAAAGGUAAAUAAUGAUUAUACAAAAGGUUAAAUAAAACCUGCACCUUACUAGGAAUAAUAUUAAUAUUGCUUUGACUUGACAUGUCAUUACUUUGAUCCUGGAUUAUAUGAAUGAAACUGGAAUUUGGAAUCUGGGUGAGUGGGGGGUGGGAUAGGGAAUAACAUUUUUUUUUUUUAAAUCUAAAAUCACGUGACUUAAUUCUUGUAUUUAAAAAAAAAAAAAAAUUAUAUGCGUUGAACACAAGCAUUAAAUUUCUGUUUGGAUAUCCUUUUACCCUAAAAUGCUCCUUCCGUUUGAGAGUCUGAUGACAACGGGGAGGAGGGGGAGGCGUUGUAAAGACAGUGGAAAAAAAAAAAUCUGACAUCAGCUUGCGUUUCCUUAAACCAAGUCCUGCAGCCCCUCCUCCAACCACUAAUCCAUUCCAAGCUCCGCUCGGCUCAGUUAGUUGCAUGGAAAUUGCACUGCAUGGUGGGGAUCUUGAGACUGUGACAUCCAGCAGCCGGGAGACCUCACUUUAAAUAACAACCCUCUAUUUUAUGGAAAGAGGAUCAGCACAUUUUUUUGAAGCCUCUACAAUUUAAGGUUUCUUCUAGAUAAAAAAAAAUCCAUAACUACUCGUCAUCGGGCUUUCCAGUGUUCUAGCUGGGCUCCAGUUCAUACCAUUGAUCAACAACCGUAUCGUGUUUAGUGUGUGUUGCUGUGUUAGUGUAGCACACCUGAGCCUACAUCCGCCCUUCCCCAAAGAGAAAUCAUGUCUAAAAAGCGCUGUGUUGUGCUCGAGGGCUGGGACCAACACAAGGAGUCUGCAAGCAGCAUGCAGUUGAAUGGAAGUGUCCAGGCACAUUCAGAAUGAAGGGUUGGUGGAUUAAUUCCAAGCAGAGAUGUCGGUGCCUUUACUUAAGAUUGGGGUUGUCCUGAGCACUAUGGCGAUGAUUACCAACUGGAUGUCGCAGACGUUGCCGUCCUUGGUGGGUCUCAACACCACCAAGCUGACCGCAGCCAACGCCGGUAACUUGGAUAGGAGCACCGGGGUGAGUCACUUUUUGAUACAUUGCUUCGACCCCGAGAACAGGUUGAGAUUUUCUGUUAGUUUAUAAAAUACUGUGUGUCCUGCCUUUAAUAGUGGAGUCGCUCUUAUUCUGGGCUAACAUUGUUACCCUCGGGGAUUCAUUUAACCCUCGGAGUGAUGAACAGGGCAGGGAUUUCUUUGCUGGAACUCAUAAUGACAAAUCUAGUGUUUAAAUAGAUUGAAAUAUUUAUUUUAACCUUUUAUUUAACCUAUAGGUGCUGAUAUACAUAUAAAUUCUUUCUGGCCUAUUUGUAGAAACAAAUACUGGCAAACCCCUCUCUAAAUACAUAUAUAUUUGAAUAUAUUUUAGCAUGCACAUUAAAUUUAUUUAAUGUGCCCAACACAGUUCUAUUAGGUCUGUUUUCAUUGUGUGUUAACCUAUAAAUGGUGAUUGUGUAAGUGUGUGUCGGGCAUCUUAAUACUCAAUCUCAACCCAGAGGAUAACUUGUUUCCUUUUCUUUAAUAUUGUUACUUUGUACCCCUAUGUAAUUAGGGAUGGCAAACUUAUUUUGCGGUCUACAACUCUCACUAUGCUUAGCCAUCAGCGGCAGAUAUUUUCUACACCCGUUGGAAAUCUGUAGAUUGGAUACUUAAGAGUCCUGCUGCUAAAACCGCUCCUGUCUUUACAUUGUGGUGUGCGUGCUUUGUGUCAGAUCGUCUUUGAAUUCUCACUGGUUGGUUGUCAAGUAAAAGCCGUUAAUGUGGCAGCUACAGGCUUAAUUUGCAUACUAGUAAGAAGGCAUUGUCAUUCUCAGAGGACAUUGGUAAAAUUCCGUAUCUAGGGGAGGAACGAGGGACAAUGCACGAGGAUUCAUUUCUGACUUCCUUGUUAACCCCCUGUCCAAUUCGAUAGGAAAUAUCUUGUGUACGCCUUGCUCUUGCAGACAAAAACAACCUGUUACAUGUCACAUUUUUAAAAUGAAUUUACAUCAAUGAACACGUCCGUAUGUAAAUAUCCGUUGAGGAAACUGUGCCUUCGAUUUCAUUGCUUUCAAUUCAUAGAGAGUCAAUGCCAUCUGUAAAGUCAAACAUAGACACUUUGGGGUUUAUUUACUAAAAAUUUAAAUAGUGGAGAAUUGACAAAAGAAUUAAAAAUUUUAGGCCCAAUUGGGAAAAUCCAGAAAAUUGCACAUCUUGCCUAUUUUGGGGUAAAAUUUGCAAAUCUCAUGUUAGUUCACGGUAUUACUCCAAUUAUUGAAUAAUUCCCAAUAUCUUUCCCCAAAAAUGACAAUAGUAAAAAAAAAUAUCAAGUUCACUACAUUUUAUUACAUUGCCCCCAAUGUUUAACCCUUUAAGAGGUGAAAAUUGGACAACGCCCCUAGCCACUCCAGGGGUUAACGCAGACACAGCGUUCUCUUGAUUAUCCUAGAAUUAUGAUUUCAUAUUUUCCCCAUUGGUGAUAUAAAGUGUUCGUUGGCAAAAAAAAGAGAGAAAGAUUGAUUCCCAGUAGUGUGAUUAUAUGAUAUUUUCCUGAAUCUGCACUCCCUGGAAGAAUUACAUUUUCAAGCAGUAAAUGAGGUCCUUUACAAUGCAUGUUUAUCAGUAUCUGGAGGCUCUAAUUAGGUGGUGAAACCCAUAAAGCAAUCCCAACGCUUGAAUCUAAUAGAAUAGGAUGGUCAUCAGGCCUAAAAAUGAUGUAUGACUUGUCAGUAUUUGCAUCAAACAUCAGGAUCAAUUUGGUUUAGAAAUGGGUCUUUUGGUGACUAUACCCCAGUGAGAAUCAAAAAAGUUUACAGGUAAAAUAAAGUCUUGGAGCAAUUAUUUUUUUAAUUAUUCUUACUUUGUAUAUCAGGCAAGAGAAAAAAUGAAAAACAAAAAUACUAGCAAAUAUAAAAGCGUUUUGAGGUCUGUUCAUUUUCUGAUGCCCUUAACAUUUUAGUCUGUGCCAGGAUGGAAAGCAAUUUGGCGAUCGGCCUUGAGAUUGGAUUGCUAAGCUGUUUUUCCCACAGUGAGUCCCCAGCUUUAAGAACUGAGCCAUAUACCAUCUGACUAAUGCAUUUUAACACUUAAAAUGCUGGCCUGUUGUACAACAGACCUCAGCCGCCCCGGAAAAUUUGAAGUCUUUACUACGAUUGAGCCUUUUGAGCUUGGAAGGGGUAGCCGACGCUCGGCAGACCUCUGGAUUUAUAGCAUUUCUAAUGUGUGCCUUGCACGUCUUUUUCUAGAUUUUUCUGUUGCAUAUUAUAGUGAUUAGUCCUGAAAUUCUUUUGCCCUAAUGAGCUGCAUCAUGGCAAGCGUUACUGAACUAUGGAUGGGCUUAAUCAUUCGGCUAACGCUGACUUUUAUUUCAGCACCGUGGACAGCAAUCUCUGCCUUCUACUUUGAGGAAGGCAGUUUUUCCUGUUUCAUAAUGUAUGAUUGACCCGCAUAUGACUUCGACCUUGUUUUCCAAAAAAACUAAGCAGUGAACUGAUUAAUUGCACAAGUCUGUGUGUCUUCUCUCUUAAUAAUACGUGUUUUUAAGAACUGCUUUAUAAAAACAUAAAAUAUCAAACCCAUAUAGUAGUUAAGUCCCAGCUAUAUUUUUUAGGGUGCUGCUUUUCGGGCGUCAAUCCAGUUUGUCCAGAUAACAUUUAACCCGUUGUGAUACAUUGUAUAAAUUAUGAAUUUCAGCUGCUGCGGCAUGAGUUUGGCACCUGACUUACGUUACAUCCAAUGAUGCAUUUUACUUAACGUAAAUGUGAGUUUUUAGUGGCCCUAGCUCAAUUUCCCCAUGAGGACGUAGUCAUCGUUAUACCCAGCUUCAAGAAUUGUACUAAUACGUAUAUAUAUGAAAAAAUGUCAAAGAAUCAAAAAAUGUAGGUGUAAUUGUUUCUAAUGCAGUGUUUAAAAUAGGCAAUGUACUUUUUAAAAACAUUUUUUUACUUAAUGCAACAUUCCCAUGGUACCCAGUGCUCCAGAGGCUCAAUACUGUUUCUUUUUAGUAAUUCAGUUUCUUUUUCUUUCUUUUCUUGUAUGUAUUCCCAAUUUGUAGGUGUUGCCGACUAAUCCAGAGGAAAGCUGGCAAGUUUACAGCUCUGCUCAGGACAGCGAGGGUCGAUGUAUAUGCACAGUGGUGGCGCCACAACAGACCAUGUGCUCGCGAGACGCUAGGACGAAACAACUCAGGCAGCUAUUAGAGAAGGUGAGAUGCUUUUAUCGGCCCACCUUGCUGGCAGUCUCUCUCAUACACAGCAUCUCGAGUUACUCCGACAGUGAAAUUUGAUAUUUUUGGGAACGCUGGGAAAUGUGUUUGCACUUUGAAAUCUAAAUAGACUUUGACUUUGCAAAUAAUCUCAAAGUCUUCCUUUAGAUUGGUGGACUGUAUUGAAUGUGGUUAAGCUGUUCAGCAUCAAGCUGUUUGGAAAAAAAAUAGCAUAACAUUUUUUGCAGCCUGCAGAGAAGUCCUGCAGUGUACCAGAGCUCAACCAACAUCUUCCUCUCUUCCUGGUAGUAGAAAUGCAGGUAGUGUACUUUAAGACAUUUUAGCGUUUCCAUAGUCAGAAAGGCUGGAAGGGUUUUUUAAUAUUCCAGUCCUAUGUCUGGACUGACGAGAGUAAGUUUUCUAUGUCAGGUAAAUACUGGUGUUGGAACAGUGGGAAAGGUAAGUAGGGCACAUUGAACUCAUAUAUAUGUUAACUUUGGAUAGUGAGGGCUAGCUUAUGUUGUCUGCAAUGGCCACAAAGUUAACUGAGUUACAACCUCUUUAUUUUUUAAGCAAAUAAAAAGAAGAAUCAUGGAAUUAUGACUUGUUCUAAGUUAAAAAAAAAAUUAUCAUGAAUGUAAAAUACUAUAUAAGACAAAAAAAGAUUAUAAAAGAACACUGUAAACAGAUCAACACUAAAUAGCCACCCCAUGGUUUGUAUCCGAGUUAGUUGUAGAUUGUGUCACAGCAAAAGGAGCAUGUAUCAAUAACAUAUCAGACCAGUCCAUCACGUAGGGCAGCUAGACUUGUCAAAUCUCUGCCAGAUGUCCUUUUUGGCUUCUCUUACUGUCUGUCUUGUCGCUGAUUGUUAGUGGUGCAAAUCUUGAUUACAUUGUAGUCAAUAACUUGUAAAUAAACCAAAUAUGACAUGGUUGUUCACAAAAGUGUGACUUGUCAGGGAUUCAAAGGGAAUAUUUUUUUGCCAAAAAGACGAAUUGGAAAAACUCUCCCAGUCCUUUUGACUAUCGUGGCCUACAAUUGUAAAUAUUCUUAAAUUCACUUCAAAUUUCUAUACUUGUAAGAGAACAAAAUAAACCAGUAUUUGCUAACUUGUGCAUUUGGUUUUGAACAAAUUGUGAUUUGUCGUUUUUGGGCGAUUGGCGGUUAUUCUGAAUUUCAUUACUAUGUAACACUAUAUGGACCAAUCAUGGGAAAAUUGACUAUUAGUGUACUGCAAGAUAUAUAUAACAUCUAUUUUGAAGUAAACUGUUUGCCCAAUUUUGGUAGCCUUUUUGCUCACCUGAAUCUCUUUUUGCAAGAUGUGUGAAUUCAUCUAAACUGAAUCACCACAUACAAAAAGAUAAGUACUGCGCUCACUCCCAUCACUCCUGGGCGGCCGCAACGACCACAGUACACAUAGAAUGACCACAUAAAUCACAAAUCCAUUUUUUUUUUUUUGUAUGGAUUGGUUUGGCCAAAGUGAUUUAUUUUUAUUUUUUUUUGUCCCGAAAAAGUCUAGCAAUUAACAAUGUUUACAUAUACUGGAUAUGGGUACUGAACUCAAGUAACUGACAACCAUAAACAAGCCUGUUUUUAGCAAUAAAUAUAGUAUAUAGCUGUUAGAAACAUAAGGCUAUUUAACUGUUAGAAAAAAAUCUAGCAAACUUCUAGAACUGAGUCUUUCUCUUGAGACCUCUGGACCUUGUAAAUCCAUGUAGUCAUCCAAUACCUAAAUUAGUGUAAAAAAAGAGUUGAUGUUGAAGAUAAUUACAAUGGAGUUUCGAGCUAAAGUGUAACAUUUGCUACUAUGUCUCAUUGAUGGACGUGGAUUGGCCAUCGACCAGUUUUGUGAAAACGCACUGUAAGCAGUUAUUGGCCUCACAAAUGCUCGUUGACUCCGGUCACCUAUAAUCUGUUACGUAAUGUAAUCCUUGAAAACAUUUCAUUUUAAAAGACUAAAACAGUAUAAUAUGUUUAUUAUUAAAAAAUAUGCUAAAGUUAAUGAAUUUCACAACAAAAAUAUGAGACAAAAGAGGGAUUGUGUAUAAGAGGAUAAAAAAACUAUAGUCAAUAGGAAACUUUGCUAGUCCAAAUAAUAAUGUGCAAUUAGGAAGGAAGGAUUAUUUUGUGGGUUAAAUGCCAAUUUAGCCAUGGAAAUGUUUAACCUUGCCUAUAUGAUAAAUACAUGGGAUACCUGCUAUUUUGCAAGUCAACAUAAAUUCUAUAUAAAUGUAUAAUAUAUUUAAAGAAUUGCACUUUUGAUUAAACACUUGAAGUUUUUCAGUGAAGUGUGAAUUUCCAUUCAUUUGCACUUUUAGGCAAACCAUUACCAUUAUUGAAAUAAUACAGUUUCAAAAAUGCCCCGUUUCUGCUAUUUUGCCAACUUAGUUGUUUUUCGAAACUCAGUUAAUCUGGCUUAAUUUUUCAACUCGCUUUUAAUCACAUUGAGUUAAGUCACUGUUUAGUAAAUACAGUCUUGCGGUUUUCUGUUUAUUUCACAGGUGCAAAACAUGUCCCAGUCAAUAGAAGUAUUGGACAGGCGGACCCAAAGAGACCUGCAGUACGUAGAGAGGAUGGAAAACCAAAUGAAAGGCCUGGAAUCGAAAUUCAAACAAGUGGAAGAGACGCAUAAACAACACCAGGCCAGACAGUUUAAGGUGUGUAUUCAUUCUCGAUAGCAUCCAAUGUGCUACAUUGGAAAGUUAAGGCUAUAAUUGUGUUUACCUGUGUAUAAUACCUCAGCCACAGGGUGACGAGGGGGGACCAGAACAUGAACAGAAUCAGCAAGUAUAUUGUAAAACAUAGCGAGACAAAUACAGAAACAUAUAAUGAGACAAUAUACAUCUAGGGCAAUACCAAAAUUGUGUAGAUUUUACAAGCUAACUGCAAAUUUGGGGCACAAAAUUGCCAAACUGAAAAAACCCUAAAACAUUCAAUUCGCCUCUUUUUGCCUGUUCGUAAAAUUCACUUCGGCAUUCAACACAUAUCUCAAACAGGAGAGAGUUCUAUCAAGGAAGUCAGGAAGUAACUCAGUCAGUCAUAACCCUUACUAUACUUUCCAUAGCAGUACAGAGCUUAUCCCACAAAUCUCAUUACAUGUUUGUUUUAUAUGGGGAUUCUGGGAGUUGUAGUUCUGUUGUCUGCUUUCUGUUGUAGAAACUAACAGCUGAACUACAGCCACAAGGAACCCAGGCACUGACCUCCCAUACAGUUGGAGUUGGAGUUAUUGAAACAAAAAGGGAAACACUGCAGUUUGGAAGAAAUGGGCAGAAAUAGUAGGCUUAGAAAAAGAAAAAAACAUAGCCAGCGUAAUCCAGCUGUAACCCAAACCAGACAUUGCACCUACCCAUGUCAGUGCCUAGAAUAUGUAUUUAAUUUAAAUAAUUUGAGAACAUCCAGGUGUCUGUUCACUUAUUUUUUUUAUGUGUACUUUAAACAACUUUCAGGUGUAUACAUGACUCCCCAAGCACCAUAACGGUCUUUGCUGAUUGAAUAUGUUAUGGUGCAGUGAGGUUUCCUGUACAUGUCUCCUCAUUGUGUGACUUAGAACUGCACUGAUCUGCAAAAUUGCUGCAGUUGUUAGCACACCAUCAUAGACAUUACAGAGGUAAAUUCAAAAACCAGUGGAAAAUACACAUAAAUUAAUCUGAUUAGCAGGUUAUAGAAUCUGUUACCUUGCACAGUAACUUUAUUCAUGUCUAAACAUGAAUGAAACUACUUAUGGCCCUUUUAUAGGAUUAUUUUAGAACACUCGGAGAUUACAAUUGAAGAACCAGGAUUGAUCGCAAUUUACCAUAGGUGCCAACGGUCCCGAAUUGGCUGUAGCAGUCCCGCAUUUUGAGGUACUGUUCCAGCAAAAAUUGAUCCUGGGAAUCUGUCCCGCAUUUUGAAACCUGCCAGCUGACUUCAAAAUGCGGGAGGCAACUGGGAAUUAGGACCAUUCAUGGAGUAUUUCAGCAUGAUCUGCCUGUCAGUCAUCCUGGCUACCCACCUUAGGGGAGGGCCCACACUUUUAAUGAGCGGACAUGCCUCCUUUGACAACUGGACACCCCCCCUUAGAUAUUAAUAUCUCAUUAGUUUACUUUAAAAUAUACAUAGAUACAUUAUAAUGCCAUGAAAUCCGAUCCGAUGGGAUAUAUGUGCCCAUUUUAUCCUCUUUCUAAACCUGGAUGAAGUUGAUCUUCAAUACUGCAUUCUCAAGAUGUUUUUAACUCCAAAUUUUUUUUACAUACCUCAAUAAUUUGAUUGUAAUUAUUUUAAAACUUGAGUGGUGUUUCCUACCACCAACAUGCUCCUCCCCCGAGGAAUGAUUUAAAUAGAACAGUUGUCUAAUAAUGGAAUGCUCCUGCAGUAUUCUAAGGAUAUUGUAUUACAAGCAGAUCAAUUAAAGCCAAAAAUUGCCAUUGUGAAUCAAGUAACAAUUAUUGUGAUGGUUUCCUUCAUAUGAGGUCGAAACCUGUUUUAACUUAUGAGUCUCUAAAGUAUUCUAAUCAUACUGAAAUCCAAAACCAGACCACCUGCAGAUAUUAAUAUAAUCCUAUCUAUAAAAUAUCACUUUAUAAAAUAUCUGUUUGUGUUCAAAUGUUAUGUUUUUUAGUUUUUUUUACAAGUACUCAAACACUGGGCCUUUCCAUACCAUAGAGCAGUCAAGGCAAUCUUGGGUACUCCAGAUGUUUUGGACCACACUUCCCAUGAUGCUUUGCCAGCAUUAUGGGUGUAAGAGCAUUAUGGGGGAUGGAGUCCACAGCAUCUGGAGUGCCGAAGAUUGCCUAUCCCUGCCAUAGAGUAUUUGUUUUUUGUGUUAUUUACCUGUGAAUUUUUCAUUUUAGGAGACAGAUUAGCUUUGCAACAUCCUUUUCUUACUCAAGAGCCAAUAGGUGAAGGGCUAUCACCAAAAUAUGUAGAUUCUGCAUAUUUCCUCAUUUUUUUGUGGUGUAAUGAAUGUAAAACCAAUGCAUGACUUAACACAGACAGGUCCGCUAUCACGUUAAAAUGUUAUGGUACCCUAUUCAUUACGGAAAUAGUUUGUUGGGUCAUUCAAUACCUUUUGUCCCAACUAAUGAAAACUGACAACAAUCUGGGUUGAUAUUAUACUCAGACGCACACAAAAAAAAUUAGAUAUCAUGGAAGCCACCCCUGGGUCGGGAAGAUUUAUUUUUGGCAGUUAGUCUUAUAAAUAGGCCGGUGAGCCGCAUUUUGGAUGUAAUGAGGCAUGACACUUGUUAAUUAGAGAACAAUGACUCUAAACAUGAUAAGCCUCACUGAAUAAACAAGCUCUCCGUAUUUUGUGAGUAGAGGGCAGAAUUUAGAUUAUCGAGUUGCGUAAUUGUUAUCGAGAGAAAUCUUUAGUUCCUUGUUUUUCAUGAAAUUUGUUUUCGAACAAGCUUCCAACUUGAGAAAAGCAAAUUAAUCCAGUUGGCAUUUGAAAGGCUUUUUUAAAUAUGAAUUUCAAAAACAGCAACAACAAAAAAAAAGGAGUAGGAUGGCAUAAGCGAACUAAUUGGUACUUUCUACAAUACAUUAAAUAGGGCAUUGUUUGGGAACAUCUCGUAGAAACUGUAGUCGUUUUUUGGUCAUUUUGCAGAUCAGUAAUUGUAUUUUUUGUUCUUAAAGGUCACUUUAUAAAAUGUCAGUUGUAGCUGCCAAAAACAAAUUUGUUUAAUAAUUUCAGAGGUUAAGUACAGUUUUUGAAACCCUAUCAGUUUCAUAUUUAUAGUUUUGCACUUUUAAAAGCUGAUUAUUGUUUUUAACCAUAUUUAAUAUGUUACCCAAGCCCUUUUUUUUCCCCACUUGCCUAGAACAAACAUGAUGAUUGGUUGUGCUUAAAUAUUUGUCCCGCCCACCAAUUCCUAUUCUGGCAAUUUUGGACCAAAUCAAAAUUUUUAAACAAUAUUCAACUCAUGGUAAAGACAGGGGGGGCGGGGGGGGGAGGAAAUGAAGUACAGUCUUACAUUAGGGUUUCUUGUAUAUGCCAUUUUUCUCAUAAAAUAGCUAUAUUUUAUCAUCAGAAAUGCUGUACAGCAAUCAGAAUUUCCAAAAUAAGCACAGAACUUGUUUUACCAAUUUUAAAAAGAUUAUUAUAAGUUAGCGUAAAGAGCAGGCUUCCCAACAGUCCCAAUUUAGGGGUUGUGUCACGCCACCCCUCUUUUGUUCCCUGAUGUCAAGCAUCUCAGAACACCAGAGAUUACUCUCCGGACAGCACAGCGUUAGGGCACUAUUAGAUGUGCUUGCGCUAUGCAGUGGGCCCUAGGACUAUAUAGGAAGCAGUUCCGCAGUGCACCCUGCAUGGUCCUAAAGGCUGGGGAUCUGGCCAGGCAUCCUGUUAGUUAGCAACCUUUUCUGGGUUAGUGAUACGGGCCCCACCCAACCCGUUCCUACAAUAUAAUUUAUAGAAUAUGAUGAAGAGUAUGAAAAUAGAGAUAUUUAAAUGUCAUUGCCACAUUUCUUUCCAGAAAUAUAUCCUGUCCAUGUAAAAUCCUUCCAAUGCAUUAGGUUGGCAGAUCAUUUUGAAAGUUGUAGUACAUCAGUGUCUGGGAGGCCAGAGUUCGACGACCCUAAUAUAGAAGGUAGAUUCUCUGCCUUGAGAGCUGAGUGACUGUCCGCAUAUAAAACACCCCUCUCCGUUUUCUCACCCUAAUUAAGCAUGCAAACCUGGGCGGACUCAGCAUAUUUGAUCUGCGUUAUUAGGUUUAAGGAAAAAAAAAUGGCUCAACGGGAAUGUAAUUUGAAUUGGCUCAGAUCACAGAGUAGGUGGUUUUGCAAGAUGCAAUUUUAUGAAGAACGUGCUAUUUAAUAUAUUUUAAUAAAAGGGAAAUGCAAUCAUUUAUCCAAACUAGCAAAAGUAUGCAGAGGAAUGAAAAAUAGCAAUUAACAUGAUAAAUAUUGUAAUAAUCAUGCCUUUGCAUACAAAGGCCCCCCUGACAGUUCUGAAUUCAGCAGGACUUAUGAUUUCGGCAUCAUCUCCUGCCGUCCCGAUUUUGUUCUGUGGUGUCCCACAUCUGGGGACACAGCGGAUCGGUCACAUCAAAGCGCAAGCAUAUCAUAAGAUGCGUUUGUGCUGUGAAUGGACAUUAAGAUCCUGCAGAGAGCACUUCUGCAGUGCACCCUGCAUAGUCUGGGGGGCUGGGAGCCAACCAACCCUUUUCUCAGUGUUUCCACCUAUUAUAGGCAUCACCAGUGACAGGAGUCAUUUGUAGAGGCAUGCGCUAAAUGUUUUUUAAGUUUGUAAACAAUGUUCUUUUUUUUGCAAGUUUUUUAUAUAAGCAAUAUUUAUGUUUAUACAUAGGUCGUAAAAUAUAGUGGUAAUGGACAGAUAUGCACAUUAUUUUUAAUUGUGCAAAAAAAAGUAUUAUUUUAUGGUAGGAUAUUUCAAAUAAGUAAAAUGACUUUGGGAUAUAUUUACUAAAUAGUUAUUUGUCUUUGAGAAGUGUCAAUUUGCCGCAAUUCACCAUUUAGCGGACAGAACUGGCUUACAAGUUUACGUAUGAAUUUUCAUCAAUCCACUUUGAAUUUAAAGUAAUUUUCAAAUUCUAAGACAAAAUGGCUGAAUUGAAAACUUAACUGACUGAGAUUUUUUUUUUCAUUUUAGUUUUUUUUGGCCUUAAAUCUAAUGUUCAUGACAUUCACACUUUAGUAAAUAACUCUGUAGAGUUUAUUUACUAAGCAGUAAAUUAUAAUGAGUUGAUAACCAACUAGUCUAAUUGAGGUUAAAAUAGGCAGUUAGAAAUUUUUUAGCCUUACAUUUUGAAUUUGUUCAAUUUUGGAGUUUAUUAAUUAACCCUGUGUGUGCAGGGAGGGUAAAGUAAAUAGUUGCACUUUAGGCGAGGGAAUUUUCAAUGACAGGUUAAAUAUAUACAUUGUCAUUUUAUGCAGCUGUUAUUUAGAAAUAUCACUGACAGUGUUAUUCACAAACAUGAGAGAUGUUGCAAAUUCAAAAUGAAAUCACACUGAAUUUCAAAUUUAAGGUCAAAUCAGCUCAAAUGGAAACGAAUUUGAUUUGGAGAAUGUUUCACGUUUGGCCUUAAAUUUGAAAUUCACUUAGAAUUCCUGGAAAUUCAAAUUUAAGUGAAUAACUCUGUACGCAGCCCUGUGAGAGACACAAAUUGAUUCUUAUUAAUAUUUUUUGUUCGAUAUGUAUUAAUUUUGCAAAAAUAAAAAUAACAAAACAGAAUUAGUUGAUAAAUCUAUAGAACGCAAAAAAAAAAAAAUCCCUUCUGCCGUAAAUAGAUUUCAGUAGAUUUACCUCCUUGAAAAAGAGGUAAAUAAAUUUGAAAAAAACCCUCUGUUUUGUCCUAAAAUUCCCAUUCCCCCUCCAGUUCUCUGUAAAUUCCAUAUACUUUGCAUAUAAGUGUAAUAGAAACAAUUAAGUGCCUAAGCAAGAUUUAAAGGUGCAGCCAUCAAAACAGAUUAACGCGUGUGAAUGUAGAUCAUAGAACACUGCGCUAGUUUAUAGCAUGACAUUACCAUUGUACUCUUUCUGAAUAAGUUUACCACUUAACACUGAUUAAUGGACAAUACUCCUUUAAGAGUUUGAAAUUGAAUGAGCUGAAAGGCACAGAAGAACCUUAAAUGAUAUAUCCUUUCAAUAGGAGAAACGUGCGUAUUGGGUAUCAUUUUCCUUUAAGAGAUUACAGAUCAGGUCUCAGCUGCUGCAUUGCUAAUGGACUGCCCUCCAUUUGCCAUGGAGACACAACACUGGCAAAGCAUCAUGGGAGGUGUAGUUUCAUAGCAGCCUGUAGAACUAGCGAGAUGGUAUUAAUGUCUCGGCAUCUGACAUUAGUCUCGUUGGCUUAUCUUUAAUUGAUCCCACAGGGGAAGAAUCAGUUCUGGAAAAAAAGCUUAGCUUGAGCUGUAGAGCAUUGUACGUAUUGCUUUAGAAAUAACAUCCUCCUGCCUUUUCGAGAAAAAUUCUAAUAACAAGUGUGUAGUGUUUUAUAGCUCUACUUUGUUAAUAGAUAUUUGUAGAAAAUGGUAUCGUAAAUAUAUAUUGCUAUACUUUCAACAAAUUAUCGUUUUACUCAUAUAAUUUCAUGUGUGUAACUUAUAAUGGCCUCGAUUUUAAUAUAUUUUUAAAAUGAUUUUUUUCACAAUAUUAAAAAUAUCAAAAAUAUAUUUCUAUAAAAAAAAAUAUCAAUAUAUUAAAUGCAUUAAAAUACUAAAAUAUCUUUUGAAAUAUUGAAAAAAUAUUAAAUCAUUUGAAAAGCUUAUUAAAAAAAUAUUACAUCGAGGCCUAUGACCAUACCAAAAAAAACUUUUCCCAAAGAGAGUGGACAUAAUUACUGAUUUGGGGCAUAGCACUCUUCUUUGUCUAAUUCUGCUUGAAUCAAUGUUUCUUAAUCACCUCCCACUUUUCCAUAUAUGGCACACUUCUUUGGCAAUGAAAGUCAAUUUCCUGACUCAGUAGGAAUGGUAAGAACCCCAGGUCACUGAGAUACUGAUCCACAGUUGUUCUUUUAGAUAGUUAUGAACACCAAUAGGAUCCCUAUGAUUUAUCAUAUUGGCUACAUGUUUUAAGUCUUUUCUGUGGUUCCUCUGGGGCGGUGUUACUGUCUCUGUGCAGGGGAAGUACAAUGUAACUCCACCCACUUUUUGUGCAUUCAUUGUUUAUUGGUUGCUAUUAUCUGUGCAGUUUCUCUGCUCCACAGUCCUAGAUCCACUCCCCUCACCCAUGAUACGGUUAUAUGAUGAUUUCUCGAGCUUAUUGAAAUAUCAGGCUUUUUAGGAGGUGGGGUUCAAAUCAUAUUGACUUUGACUUACUAAAGAGCAAUAACAAACUUAGAACCAGAUACGAUGCAAUUGCAAUUUAGCAUUUAUAGAGCCUUAAUUUAGCAUUUAUAGAGCCUUAGUUUGGAACACGCACAUACAUAAAGACAUAUACUUACUCAUUCACACACACACAGACUAUAAAUACGAUCACAGAAGCGACAAAACAAAAAAAAUAGCAUAUUGAUUUUUUCCAAAUAUUUUAAAAUAAAUAAUUGAAAUUUUAAAAAAUAUUGAAAAUUACAACAACAAAAAAAUGCAAAAAAAAUCCAAUGGUUUUGUUUUAAAGCAGUCCAUGAUAUUUUGUUUAUGAAUGGUUAUUUGUUUAUGAGUUAGGUUAGUAUUUUAGCUCUUCAACAGUAUUUCAUUUUCUUGCUUACAGGGCUAACUUAACUUGCAGUGACUGAAGAGGCAGUUAUCUCCCAGAUUACCUUGAAAGAGAGACACAGAGCAUUUGGGCACCUUUUUCAUAAUUUUCUUUUCUUUUUAUUUUUUUUAAUUUUAAUUUUCCCAAUUAGUGCUUUAUCACUAAGGAAACCUUGAACACGUUGAAUUCAAAUCUUCCUUUGCAUGCGAAUGUAGCUGCAUUUCAUGAAGAAUUUUUAACCUUGUCAAUGCAUAUAAAUAUAUAUAUAUCUCUAUUUUUUCUUUUUUUUUUUUUUAAAGAAAGAAAUCUUUGUGUAUGUGUUUUAAAAGCAUGUAAAAAGAAGAUGUUGCAUUUGGAAAAAAAAAUACAAAUGACUAAUAAAAUCCUUUCCCAAAUACGUGGUAUUUCAGACUGUUUAAUACGGUAUUUCCUAUGCAUUUGAUGUGUAAAUGUUGCUUUUUUGUGAGGGGUUUAAACACAAUGACACUCACAUAUGAAACAAACAGGACAUGAGGCAGGCAUACAUCACGCAGGCAUACGUCAGGCAGGCAUACAUCACACAGGAAGCGUAGAGGCAGGUAGGUAGGCAUCAGGCAGGCAGAGAGGUAGGCACAGGGCAGGGUGUUACCAAAUUUUGCAUGCAGAGCACUGAACCAGCUUAUUUUAACCUUGCAGGCAAUAAAAGCGAAAAUGGAGGAACUUAGACCUCUCAUACCAGUGUUGGAAGAGUACAAGGCCGAUGCAAAAUUGGUAUUGCAGUUUAAGGAGGAGGUCCAGAAUCUGACGUCAGUUCUAAACGAGCUACAGGAGGAGAUUGGCGCCUAUGACUACGAGGAACUGCAGAGCAGAGUGUCAAAUCUUGAAGAAAGGCUCCGUGCAUGCAUGCAAAAAUUAGGUAGGCAUCGGACACAAUUUGACCCCUGCAUCAGACACACACACACAAUACUUGUAGGUAGUGGUGCCGAAACGGCGAGCACCGUUUAAAAACACUCACCAAAAAUUAACAAACAGCCUAACACUGUUUAUAUGCUGUGUUUACAUAUCUUAUUAUGGCUUGGUUCUUGUAAGAUGUCUUUAAUUAGAUGUCUAUUUGACUCUCUAUCACAUAAUACUAAGAUGUGACUGACGACCUCUUUCAGGUGACAAGUAAAAUAGUUCCACCUGUUCUAUAAACAUUGCUGGACUCGUAGUGAGUUGUAGUUUGGACAAGGGCCUAAUGUUUAAUUGUCUACUAUACAUGCCUCCAGCAUAAUUCGUUUUAAGGCAUGUUUUUAAAACACUUGUUCUUAAAACAGUGUCCAAAAGCCCAUGUUUUAUUGAUAUCCAAUGGAGAGGUAUUUAUACACAAGCCGUUGAUUACUGGUUUGAGAGUACUGUGAAAUUGCUUCCAUCCUAAGUUUUUAACAGAGCCUAGAGACAGUUAUGUUUGCAAAUGUAAUUAGUAGAAAAUAUUAAAGGUGAGCUUUAAUACUGUCACUUUAGAAGUGUCAGCUACGCUCCCAAUACAUUACUCGAAUGAUGCUACUUCCGCCCGCACUGCAACAAUGCAAACUUAACCAACACAAAUGUAAUGACCCUCAAAAAGACUAUAGUAAUUAGCAAGCUUAACAAGAAAAGCAAAACACAUACUGAUGUAUAGACACAUUCUAAUUUGAAUUUUAUUCUGUCAUUUUUAAUAUCUCAAUUGAUUGUAUUCAUUUUUGUGUAUGCGUUAGAUUUGGGAGAAAUGAUUGAUGCUUUGAUAAAUUUUUUACAUCGGAAUUCUAAAACCUAUUAAUCCUUGAGGUCUAGGGAAACUCAUUGUGUAUUACUCACGAGCGUGACCUUUGUCAAUGGUCUUUUUGUGGUUUUGAUGUGCUUUGCAAUGAGCCAAAUUUCAAAGCCAUUAAAUGGCAGUUCUUGCUGUCAGCAGUAUGACCACCUGCUUAGGUCACCUUUAAAGUAAACAAUAGUGUUUGCCAAAAUGGAAAAAAAUGCAAAAAUCAGUUCAGCAGAUAAAAUCCUAGCUUGAAGCAUCUUCAGGACAGCGGAUAUAAAUAUUUAUAUUGUACAUAAUCAUUCAUUAUAAUGCGUGUAAGUCCCGAGAAACCUUUCUCACACGUAUAGAUGAGAAGAGUCCAAGCACAUGUAUUAUUCUUGUUGUUAAAUAAAUAUAUGUGCAUUAUAUGUGCCCACUGUUAGAUAACAUGAUUCUGUUAAAUGCUCACACAAAGGGAUUUGUGGACAUAUAUGAUUUGAAGAUGCAAAUACCCGUAGACAUGGCUGUUGUCUGAAGGAGUUCCAUUACCCUGCAGUUGGCACAACAAAAGUUUUAAUUAAAAACAUUUCUUAAUUGAGUAGAUUAAAGGAGUCUGGUUAGAACAAAACAGGCAAUUUUUUCUUAAGGUUUAGGCACAAUUCCCUCUAAGCCCCGUACAGAUACUGUUAAGAAAACACUCGUUCUAUAACACUAGACUGCAAUAAAAGAAACCAUAAACAAACUCUGGUGAUGUUCUCUAAACUGGAAUUGUGGAGAAUUUACUAGAAUUGAACAUUUUUGAACAAAAAAAAAAAUCUGAAAUAGUCAGAUAUUUUUUCCAGCUUGGCUUAUUUUAUUCUUUAUCUUCAAUGCAAUAUAUUUCCUGGUUUUGUGAAUAACUCCAAAUGGUGGAGCAUCUCAACUUUAAACUAUACAUUUAUAAUAAGGAACCUUUUCUUAAUGGAAAACUAUCAACCCUCACAGCAUUCCCUCCCUGAGCGCUGCCAAAGUGAUGCCUAAUUUGAUGCAGGUCUAAUCUGAUUGAAGAUGAGUCUGCUUUGCCCCAUGAGCGGUGACAUCGGCCAUCUUCGCCUUGUGCACCGCUCACAAUGACAAUGAGUCUAGUAAAUCAAAUUGAUCUUCUGUCGGGUGAGCAUGUGUUCACUUAACUAGCUGCAUGCAACCAUGAGAGAACACCAUCAGUGUUGGCAGUUUUCCUUAAAAGGCUUCAAUGCUGGGCUGCUCAUUUUGGGUACAGGUAAGUCCAACGCAUAGCUCUCUCCAGCUGUGGUGAAACUACUGUCAUGAUACAUUGCCAGCCUUUUUAUUUUGGCAUUUUGAAGUAUUUACUCUGCCAGAAUCGCUAUCAAAUGUAUCCUUACACCACCUUCCCUAUAUUAUUAUGAGCCAGUGGUGUCACAAUUCCUGGUGGUCUAACGAUCAUUGACGGCUGCAGUUUUCUUCCAUUCCUCCACACCAUAGCUGACACUAUAUCGUAGCACCCUCAAUGAAUGCAGGUCCGAAAAUAUACAAAUUUUAAACUGGCCACUGUGCAAACCCGGCAAAUGCACAGUGGGCCACAAUGCCCAUAGGACAAGGCAGACUGGGGAGAUCAAAUUAUCUCUGUGAUCAGUUCAGCGCUCCCUAUUGCCGGGUCCCUGGGAGCUUGUAAACUAUACCUCCACUGAGUGCUUAGCACCUAUAUUGUUCCUGCGCUCAUAGUAGGAUUUAGGUAUUUUGGUGCCUUAGGCUGGUUACCAGCCCCCACUGCAUUCUUCACAUAGGAAUGGCUAAUGGGGCCAAUGAAAUUCAUGGUUUUGGGGGCCCCUAGCUAACCCUGCCUAGGGAUGCCUUAUGUUAAUCCUGCUUUGUUUAUGCAGUGAGUUCUGGAAUACUUCUCAGUGUAAGGAGCUGUACAAGUGGUCUGCACCCACUGGAGUCUGGUCUGCACCCACUGCUCUUGCUCUUGUAAACAAGCACAGGGCAUUUUCCAUAUGUCAGCAGGGCUCUGUGUAUGUGCUGCCCUUGAGAGCAUCAAACUGACAUGUGUGCAUGUCAUUGUUGAAGACUCACUACAACCCUCUCUGCUCCCACCAUCUUCUAUUGGACUGCUCAACCUUUAAAUGCCCGGGAUGAAUAUCUCAUUCUAGCCCUGUAUGGGAUUGUCAUGGCCAUUCACUGUAGUUCUUACAUCUCCUUAAACAAUGAUCACCAUCAUUUAUCACAAAAAUAAAUUAUAUAUUUAAUUGAUUUAAAGCCUGCAGAUAUGAUAGUAUUGAACUAACUGAAAACCCUUCCCCCUCUUCUGCCAACGUCCCAACCCCUUCCACCAAGUGAUUCUAUUAACCCAGUGUUUACAGUGCCCCAAAUGUAUAAAUCUAAGCAUUCUCCAACAGACUCUCCAACAGACUGGACCACCACUAAUGGCCAACUUGCCACAUUUAAGUUGGAACUGCCAACUUACAGACAGUUUGUGUCUUUUUGACCAAACCACUAUUUUAGUUUCCAGCUGAAUCUAAUCGAUACAGGGCAAAAUAUAUGAACUGAGUUGGCAUUCAGAUUACAAAGAAUUACAACAAUGAGAUAUAUAUUUUUUUUUACAAUGACUUAUUGCCUAAAGCGAAAACAGAUCUGGCAAUUGAAUCAACAAAGGCUUUGAGAAAAAUAAAUAAAAAAAAGUGAUUCAGUCUGUACGCCAUGGAUGGAUCUAUUAAUUAUCCUUGCAUCAUUUAAAAACACGUGAAUGGAGGGAGCUGAGUGUUGUGUGUGUGAGUGGGAGUGUGCAGCUGUGUAUGUAGUGGCUGAGUGUUGUGUGUGUGUGUGAGAGUGUGUAGUGGCUGUGUGUAGCUGUGUAUCGUGUAUGUAGUGGCUGAGUGUUGUGUGUGUGUGUGAUAUUGUGUAGUGGCUGUGUGUAGCUGUGUAUAGUGUAUGUAGUGGCUGUGUGUUGUGUGUGUGAGAGUGUGUAGUGGCUGUGUGUAGUUGUGUAUUGUGUAUGUAGUAGCUGAGUGUUGUGUGUGAGAGAGUGUUUAGUGGCUGAGUGCUGUGUGUGUAGAGGUUGUAUUUGGGGGUAGUUUGAGUAGGCUUAUGUCUUUGGUGACUGAGUUUUGUGUGUGAAGGGUAGUCUGAGUAGGGCUGAGGCUUACGUGUGGUGUCUGAGUGUGUGUAUAGCGGCUGUCAUGUUUGUACAGUGGAUAAUGCAAGUGUGUGUUUUUUUUAUAGGAUCUGGAGUGUGUGGGCGUACAGGGGGAUAAUUGUGUAUAGCACGUGUGUGCAUAGGGUCUAUAGUGUGUGUGUUUGUGUAGGGGGUCCAUUGUGCAUGUGUGUGUACAGUCCUGCAGUGUGUGUUUAGGGAAUCCAGUAUGUGUGUGUGGGGGGGGGAUUCAUUGUGUAUGUGUGCAGUGGCUGUAGCAUGUGUGUCUUUAGGUUAUCCAGUCUGUUUGUGUGUGUGUGUAGGACAGCCAGUGUAUGUUGGAGGGAGGAAUCAAAACCUCUCGAUUUUUAACACCAAAGGACUGUGGACAUCCCAACUUGCGAUAUACUAGCUACAACAUAUCAGACGUUCCUUUUUCAUAAUAGUUCCCCUUUAAAGAUGUCAAAACACAACAAUAAUGCUGAUAUAUUGUUAUGAUAAAUCUAAAUCUGAGAUAUUUUUGCCAAAAUGUAAAAUAAAAACAAAAUAAACAGCAAGAAACAAAUAUAUACACACACCAGCUGUUACAAAAUAGCUGUGAUGAGCACGUGAAAUCUUCGGCUGCGAUUCCAUAUGUUCCAAAGGACUGAAACGAUAAACAGACUCUUCGAAUUAUUGAUUUAUUUUUAGUCCCUUUAUAGCGAGCAUAUAUUUAUUUUUUAUUCUGUACUAAACAAUAAACAGACUUGUUUUUUUCCUCUAUUUUAUUCCUUUAUUUAUUGUAGGGAAUAUAAAUAAAAGAAACCGUAUUGAUUCAAAAAGACCAGCCAUUUAAGUUUUAAGUGCUUAAACCUGUAUUGUUCUCAUUGUUUUGUUUUACAGUAAAAAAUAUUUACAUAGAAAUUUACAUUUCCUAAAUACUAUGUUUGGUACUUAACCAGUUACUAAUGUAAAUUGUACUUUACUAAAUUUACUACUAGGAACUAGAUGCAUAAAAUAACCAUGCACAAUUUAUUUCCCCUAAGAAUUCCUUUUAAACUUUGUUGAUGUUGGACUUCUUACCUUUGUUUAUCAAUCAGUGAUCACUAACUGCUGGGCAACAAGUCAACUUUCGAGGGCAUGGACCAAUGUUGGCAUCCCGGCUGUAGGGCUUCCAUGUCUAGACGUCUUAGACAUCUCUUUCACCCCAGCCUAUAGGUAGAGGGAGCUUUACGGACAGAAAUUGAGUGGAUAUAAUCAGAAAGCCCUCUGCCCACUCUAAUCAGCCAGUUAAUCAGCCAGUGGCCACUGACUGCUGGGCAACCAUGUCAACUUCCGAGGCCACAAACCAAUGUUGGUAUCCUGGCUGUAGGGCUGCCAUGUCUAGAUGUCUUAGACAUCCAUUCUUCCUUGACCUAUAUAUAGAGGGAGCUUUAUGGCCAGAAAUUGAAUGGAUCUAAUUAAAAAGCCGUUAACGUAUGCAGGAAUUAGUCAGGCUUGUUAAAUCACCCUGGCCAAACCUAUCAAGUUUCCUGUAGAAAUGGGCAGACUGUCAGACACUGACCAGCCACAGCUAAUUGAAUGUGUUUGUUAAAGAAUAUAGGCAAGGGGUAUAAUUGGUUGCAGGAUCAAAUAAAAAAAACGUUCAUGUAUUUCCUGAGCAAGUUAUCCUUUGAACGACAAUAUAAAAGACUCCUGUAUGAUGAGCAUUGAUGAAAAAUGAACCUGUAGUAUUUUAUGGUCCCUUUUCUCAUAUUAGUUUAAACUGCUUUGUCUGUCGAUGUUAACAUUCGCUAUGUCUUUAUUCCAGUCCCAUUCAGCCAUGCAUAAUUUAUAUUGCACACCAAAGGUUUUAAUCAAUUUCUCGCCCAUUAUUGGAUAUGUAUUAGAGUGAGCUAGAAAAUCAUUAGGUUUAUGCAUACCCUAAGGUAGAGGUUUUAGAGAAAAAUUAAUGUUCUCUCUUUACUCUACCAACAAAUACAUCUUGUUGUAUGUAGAAGACCUAGGUGAUUUAUUGGGGAAGCUUCAAUCGAGAAGAGAAUUACCAGAAACUGACUGACACAUUUUAUACAGUUAAUUCUGUGUAGUAUUGUGUGUCAUAGACAUGGGAAUGUUUUUUGUAAUGGCCUACAGGAGCUGUGAAUGUGUUGUCUUUCUCAUCUUGGCUAAGAUUAAUUCUACCUCUGCUCUUGUCGAUCACCUUAUUGACCUGGGUUAGCUACACUAUGCCCUAAUUGUUCUCCAUCCCAUUAAAAGAAAAUUCUUCAUAAGUAAAAUUUAGCAGAAUGAAAAACAUCACAAUCCCAGUACACCCCGAUGAUCAACUACAGCUUCAACGAUGCUUAGAAAACAAAACACCCUAUAAAUAUCUGUUCUCUGAAAUAUAUCUCUCUCUAUAAGCCAAAUAACUUCAGCCAAAUGUGAUCCUUUUUAUAAAAUUAAUUAUAACAGGUUGCUAUUUAUUACAUGGCAACAUUGGCUGCAUUUGAAGAUAAUUUAUUCUUUCAGUAGAAUAGAUGAGGAGUGUAAACAAGGUAGAUCCCCAGGGGUAACAGAAGUACAACUCACCUUUGCCAGCCUUAAGAACCGCAAAGCAUCAUGAAAGUUGUAGUUCAACCACAGUUGGAGAUCUAAGGUUUGGCCACUCUGCUCUAAUACCCCAGAUCAUUUGUAUGAGAAGCCGUUAGGUAGGUCAUUGGUUGUUGAACUAGAGCUUCCAAGAUUCUCUGCUGACCUUGGCUGAUGGAUGAGCAUCAUGUGAUGUGAAGUUCAGUCAAUUCUUGAUAAGUAUCUUAUAGCCGUACUUGAUUUUUAUUAAAUCAGAGUAGAAACCUAAUUAUGUAUCUGCACUGUUAUUGAAUAUGGGCAUUUAUAGUACACUGUGAGCAUGUUUUUCAUGAGUUUGUUAUCUGCAUUUUCUCCCCCUGAACCCUUGACAAUACACAAAACAUUAAACCAAAGAAGAGCCAUUCAUGGUGUCUAUCCAGAUCAUGGUCAUACGCACUUUCCAGCUAGGGCGAAUUAGGUGUGCCUACAUUCAAACAUCACUAGUACAUGCUAAUCUACCCUACACUGAGUAAUGCACACUAAUCUGUAAAAACGAACUAUCUAUAAAUAUCACAUGCACACUAAUCUGUUAAUUUCACAAACAUACAUACUAAUACAUGAAUCUGUUAAUAUCACAGAGACACAGACUAACACAGUAACCUCUUAAUAUCACACACAUACUAACACACUAACCUCUUAAUUUCACAAACAUACAUACUAAUACAUUAAUAUGUUAAUAUCACAGACACACAGACUAACACACACUAACCUCUUAAUAUCACACACAUAGUAACACACUAACCUGUUAAUUUCACAAACAUACAUACUAACGCAUUCAUCUGUUAUCACAAGCACACAUACUAACACACUAACCUGUUAAAAUCACAAAAACACAUAGUGACACACUAAUCUAUGAAUCUCUAAAAACAUACAUACUAACACACUAACCUGUAAAUAUCACAAACACACAUAGUGACACACUAAUCUAUAAAAAUAAAAAAAACACACAUACUAACACACUAAGCUGUAAAUAUCACAAACACACAUACUAACACACUAACCUGUUAAUAUCACACACAUACUAACACACUGACCUCUUAAUUUCACAAACACACAUACUAAUACAUUCAGUGGCAUACACAUGACCCAUUGGGCCCCGGUGCGAAAAUUGAACAGUGGGCCCCCCCCUCCCUCCCGCGCUUACUCGGCGCGGGUUGGGGCCGCAACACAUGGCGGCGGGCACCUGGUCGCAGGGGUUGCAGGGCUGCGACCCCGCGACCGCGGUACGCACACACACUUAAAGGACCACAACAGACACCCAGAUCACAUCAGCUCAAUGAAGUGGUCUGGGUGCCAGGUCCCUCUAGUUUUAACCCUGCAGCUGAAAACAUAGCAGUGAAAACGGCUAUGUUUCACUGAGGGUUAAUCCAGCCUCUGGUGGCUGUCUCAUUGACAGCUGCUAGAGGAGCUUCCGCGAUUCUCACUGUGAAAAUCACUGUGAGAAGACACUGAACGUCCAUAGGAAAGCAUUGAGUAAUGCUUUCCUAUGGGCGGUUUAAAUGCGCGCGCGCACCUCUUGCCACGCAUUUGCAUUCGGAGCUGAGAGGCGGACACUGGGGAGUCCGACGCUGGAGAAAGUUAAAUGCUGAAGAGACACACACACACACACUCUCACGAACAGACGCAUACACACUCACUUACAAAACAUACACUUUCACUGACAAACACACACUCACUAACAGACAAACACACUCAGUAACAGACACACACAGUAACACACUCACUAGCAGACACACACCCAAUAACAGACACACUCACUGACACACACACUAACACACGCACUAACACAAACACUAAUACACACACUAACACACACAUACACUAACACACACACACACACUCAUACACUAACACACACAUACACUAACACACAUACACACACACACACUAACACACACAUACUAAGACACACACACACUAACACACACAUACUAAGACACACACACACUAACACACACAUACUAAGACACAUACACUAACACACACAUACACUAACACACACAUACACUAACACACACACACACAUACACACACUAAGACCCACAUACACUAACACACACAUACUAAGACACACAUACUAAGACACACACACACUAACACACACAUACUAAGACACAUACACUAACACACACAUACUAAGACACACACACACACUAACACACACAUACUAAGACACUAACACACACACAUACUAACACACACUAACACAUUUUUAUUUUUUAAAUUUAAUCCCCCCAGCCUCCUUACCUAUUGGAGUGCUGGGGGGAUUCCCUGGGGUCCAGUGGUGCUGCUGGGCUCCUGGGUGGGCGGGCUGUCUGGACAGGCGGGUGCGCGAGGGAGCACUCAGUGCUUCCUCUUCAGCUCCCUCACGCGCCGCGUAGGGAUGCCGGCGCCGGAAGAUGACGUCAUCUUCCGGCUCCGGUAUCAGUGCGGUGCGCGAGGGAGCUGAAGAGGAAGCACUGAGUGCUCCCUCGCGCACCCGCCUGCCCGACCGGCCACCCGCCUGCCCGGUGACAGCAGGGCCAGCCUCUGGGGGCCCUGGGGUGGUCGGCUCCUGGGCCCCCCAGGGGAAGAGGCUGGCCCUGUGGGUACAUACCGGGUCGCAGGGGCGGCCGGGCGACCCUGGUAUGUACGCCACUGAAUACAUUAAUAUGUUAAUAUCACAGACACACAGACUAACACACACUAACCUCUUAAUAUCACACACAUAGUAACACACUAACCUGUUAAUAUCACAAACAUACAUACUGACACACUAAUCUAUGAAUCUCAAAAAACAUACAUACCAACACACUAAUCUGUUAUCACAAACACACAUAGUGACACACUAAUCUAUAAAAAAAACACACAUACUAACACACUAACCUGUAAAUAUCACAAACACACAUACUAACACACUGACCUGUCAAUUUCACAAACACACAUACUAGCACAAUAAUCUAUAAAUACCACAUGCACACAUACUAACACACAGUCCACUGGUAACCUGUAUCUACAGAAUUCACUAGUUUACCAUUACUAUACCUGGCCUAUAACAGGUGGCCAGCAAGUUAUGCCUAGCAAAUAAUAACCAGCCCAUAUGUUAACAAGUAAAUACAGGUAGACCAGUAAGAUGACCAUUCCAGUCCACUGAUAGUCUGUAUCUAUGAAUGAGUAAUAUUUAAUUUACACACCUUUACCAUCCCAGGGGUAACCCCUACCUACUGACCUACAAGAAGGGGCUAAGAUAGGCCUACCACACCCUAGAUCACUCAACAGUAACCAAUACCUAAUAACCAGUCAAUUCUCAUUACAUACCAUCACCUACCAAACAGUAACCAGUACCUAAUAACCAGUCAAUUCUCAUUACAUACCAUCACCCACAAACAGUAACCAGUACCUAAUAACCAGUAAAUUAUCAUUACAUACCAUCACCUACCAAACAGUAACCAGUAUCUAAUAACCAGUAAAUUAUCAUUACAUACCAUCACCUACCAAACAGUAACCAGUACCUAAUAACCAGUAAAUUAUCAUUACAUACCAUCACCCACCAAACAGUAACCAAUACCUAAUAACCAGUAAAUUAUCAUUACAUACCAUCACCCACCAAACAGUAACCAGUACCUAAUAACCAGUAAAUUAUCAUUACAUACCAUCACCCACAAACAGUAACCAGUACCUAAUAACCAGUAAAUUAUCAUUACAUACCAUCACCCACCAAACAGUAACCAGUACCUAAUAACCAGCAAAUUAUCAUUACAUACCAUCACCCACCAAACAGUAACCAGUACCUAAUAACCAGUAAAUUAUCAUUACAUACCAUCACCCACCAAACAGUAACCAGUACCUAAUAACCAGCAAAUUAUCAUUACAUACCAUCACCCACCAAACAGUAACCAGUACCUAAUAACCAGUAAAUUAUCAUUACAUACCAUCACCCACAAACAGUAACCAGUACCUAAUAACCAGUAAAUUAUCAUUACAUACCAUCACCCACAAACAGUAACCAGUACUAAUAACCAGUAAAUUAUCAUUACAUACCAUCACCCACAAACAGUAACCAGUACCUAAUAACCAGUAAAUUAUCAUUACAUACCAUCACCUACCAAACAGUAACCAGUACCUAAUAACCAGUAAAUUAUCAUUACAUACCAUCACCCACCAAACAGUAACCAGUACCUAAUAACCAGUAAAUUAUCAUUACAUACCAUCACCCACCAAACAGUAACCAAUACCUAAUAACCAGUAAAUUAUCAUUACAUACCAUCACCCACCAAACAGUAACCGGUACCUAAUAACCAGUACAUGCCAUCACCCACCAAACAGUAACCAGUACCUAAUAACCAGCAAAUUAUCAUUACAUACCAUCACCCACCAAACAGUAACCAGUACCUAAUAACCAGCAAAUUAUCAUUACAUACCAUCACCCACCAAACAGUAACCAGUACCUAAUAACCAGUAAAUUAUCAUUACAUACCAUCACCCACCAAACAGUAACCGGUACCUAAUAACCAGUAACAUGCCAUCACCCACCAAACAGUAACCAGUACCUAAUAACCAGUAAAUGAUCAUUACAUACCAUCACCCAUCAAACCGUAACCAGUACCUACUGAUGAUGGAAUUUAUAUAUCUGAAUAUAUAAAACUGAAUCCACGCAACAUUAAUUUCUACACACUGACCAAUAAAACAUCACUAGUAAACCUAUACCAGUAAGGUGUCAUAAGUACAACCUAAACUCUCUCCACUUUAACUGUACCUACUAGCCAGUAAGUUUCCACUAAAAAAUACUAACCAACCCAUAUGGAACCCUUUACCUACUGACCAGUACGAGAGCCCUACCCCCACACCAACAUCCACCCAGCAUUAACCUGUAUCUACUGACCAGUCAGAUAUCACUAGAACACCCUUAACCUCCCAACAUUACAGUAAGAUAUCUCACACUUUUACCAACAUAACUGUUACCUAUACCAGUUGACAAAUGAGAUAUCACUAUUUCACCCAAACCUGCCUAGCAGUUACACGUAGUUGUAGUUUGACUUUACUUUUACUUAGAGGUUAGCCUGUGUGACAAUCUCCCCUUUUUCUGUGAGUUUGCCACGAGUUUUUGGAGGGGCCUGUUUGCCAGCCUCCUACCCUCUGAUUAUGGCCCUGUGACAAACUGAACCUCAUCAAGGAUUCUUGGAGGGGCCUGCUGGCCAGUCUAUUUCCUCAGGACUAUGGGCCCUGCAAUAUACCUUGCCCAAUGCACUUUAAAAGGCUCUGUUCAUGUGAAGUAUGUACUUUUGUACUCCAGACAGAGAGACCGACCGUUAUCCCUAAUUCUCUGGAACUGUUUUGGGCAUGGGACCAUGUGCACGGGUGAUCAAAAAUAAGACUUCCAGGAAUUUCCUGAAUCCCUGCUCUGAUCUGGGUGAUUUUUGGAUAUGUUGUUCACCCAGAUCAGGGCAAUCCGGGAAUUUUGGGGGGUAUGUUAUGUUUUGGGGUACUUUCUGAACUUUGUCAAAAUGUGUUUUUUCUGCUUGGAGAUAAUUGAAUUACUUACAGGACUUUACUCAAUUAUCUCCCAAGCAGAGGGGAGAGAUUGUGUGCUGUACAUGGGCGUGUCACAGAAUGUAUGUUUGUUCUGAUUGGUUUAUGUCCUUUGUGUUCCUGUGCCCCAUCAGGUCCAGGGGGUGUUCCUCUGGCCUUGAGAAUUGAAUAAAAGCCAACCUGAACCACUAAAGCUCAGAUCAUCUUGCACCUUCAUGAAGUUUCGGCUCAUGUUUGGGGGAUUGGAGAACUACACUCUGGGAGAUUGCUAUAAUCACUACACUCCACUGAGUAUAAUCACUAUCUCUUGUAAGAGCUUGUUUCUGCUACGCUCUCUGGACUAAGAGAGGUCUACCCACUGGAAGCUGGAUCCUGGUCAUAGGUCCAGGGUGGGUAGGAGACGGCGAGAUCCCAACAAAGCUCUGGUGGUUCGUGGGGUUUGCAGUAGUUCCAGCACAGUUCUUAUGGUACUCAUUAGUACUAGGAAGCAGCAAUUGACGGAGGUACCCGGUCCGGGUACAGUCGGUCCGUCACGGCCUGUCCUGUGUUAAAUAUUUCAUGAUAAUGUGACACUGCAACAGCUAUUACCAGAGAGAUUAAUACUAUUGUUUAUUAUUUUUCGGACAAUCUUUAUUGAAUCCUAAAAUAAAAUUGCACUUUUUGUAGAGAUGCAAUUUGCCAGUAGGGAUUAUCUAACGCCCGACAUUUUUUUUACGUAUUUUUUUAAAAUCUUCCUUGUGUUUUAAAAUUAAAUUAUACUCAAACUGUAGUACGAAUGUUUCCCAGAAAUUAUGUUUACAUGUUAGAAAAGGAUUUUAUUAUGAAAAUUAGAAUGAAGCGGCAUCUAAAUCUGAGAACACCUUUCCACGGCACUCUCCCCUGACUUUUGCAAAUGCUUGUUUGUAUGAGGAUGUCAGUAAUUUCAAAACUAUGAAAUCUCUGAUGUUUAUGGACCAUGUAUCCCAAGUUACAAACUCUAGUGUAAGAACUAUGGGGAAAAUCAUACACAAAGAUCUAGUAGCAAGGUCAUCCUUUACUGUUCUUUAAGUGUCCUAUAAUUAUUGUCUGCGCCACAAUAAAUAGUUGUCACAUGUCACCCAUCAUAAAAUAAGCACAAGAUGUAAGAAUCCUUGCCUAAUCUGCAGGGAUAUGUUUUUUUCUAUUUGCUCAAUACAAUUGGUGCAUGAUUCUGAUUAAGAAUGAAUUCAUUUUUACUAACUCCUUGUCUUUCUGUUUCUUUUAGCUUGUGGCAAGCUGACAGGGAUCAGCGAACCAGUUACAGUCAAAGCGUCCGGUUCCAGGUUUGGCUCCUGGAUGACAGACCCACUGGCUCCAGAAGGAGAUAAUAGGGUAAGCAGAUUUUUAUUUCAAUACAUUUGUUUCUUGUUAGACGCUCCCUGAUUUUUGACCCAUGUCGUAUAUCACAGUUAAAUAACAGUAAAAUAGAUUUUUGUGCUUUAAGAAAAACAUAAAACAACAUAUAUUAUGAUUCAAUUAUUUGCUGAUUUCUACAUAAACAGAAAUGAGGCAAACUAGAUGUAUGUGUGCAUGUAUGAAUGAGUGAUUGUCUGUGUAGGGUCUGUAUGAAUGACUGUUCAAAGUGUGCAUGUUUGUAUGUAUGUACGAGAGAGUGUCUGUGUGUAGUAUGUAUGAAUGAGUGAGUUAUCUGUUUAUGGCUGAAUGAAUGUGUGUAGUAUGUAUGAAUGAGAGUGUCUUUGUAUUGUAUGUAUAAAUGAGUGAGUUUUCUGUGUAUGUCUGAAUGAAUGCAUGUAUAUCUGUGUGAAUGAGUCAGUGUCUGUGUGUGUGCAUUUAUGUUUAUGUUGCUAAGUAGAUGUGACUGUAAGUAGCUAGUUCUAGUUAUAUUUGAGCUUGUGGAAUAUUAUCUGUGUAUGUCUGAAUGAAUGGUCAAAGUGUGUAUGUUUGUAUGAAUGAGAGAGUGUCUGUGUGUAGUAUGUAUGAAUGUGUGAGUUAUUUGUAAAUGUCUGAAUUAAUGACUGUUCAAAGUGUGUAUGUUUGUAUGGAUGAGUGAGUGUCUGUGUAUGGCUGUAUGAAUGAGUCAGUUAUCUGUGUACGUCUGAAUAAAUAAAUGUUUAGAGUGUGUAUGUUUGCAUGAAUGAGUAAGUGUAUUUGUAUUGUCUAUAUGAAUGAAUGAGUUAUUUGUGUACAUCUGAACGAAUGGUCAAAGUGUGUAUGUUUGUAUAAAUGAUAGAGGGUCUGUGUGUAGUAUGUAGAAUGAGUGAGUUAGCUGUGUAUGGCUAAAUGAAUGUGUGUAUAUCUGUAUAAAUGUGUAGUAUGUAUAAAGAAGUGAGUUAUUUGUGUAUGAAUGAAUUAAUGUGUGUAUAUCUGUAUGAAUGAGUCAGUGUAUCUGUGUGUGCAUUUAUGUGUAUGUUGCUAAGUAGAUGUGUCUGUAAGUAGUCAGUUGUAUAUAUUUUAGCUUGUAGAAUAUGUUUAUAUAUAAAUGGUAAAUUAGUUAUAUGUGAAAACUUAGUAUAUGUGUACAGUGCUGGGCACAUGCAAGGUUCGGGAGGGGCAACUUUUUGUUCGCUGACCCAGGCAGCAACAUAUCUUGUGCCAGCCCUGCGCUGCCUGCAGUGGAAAACUUGCUACCCCUUGCUGCAAAAUUAAAAAUAAUAAAAGUCUCUUAGCUGUUAUGUGGAGAUGAUGGCUUCCAGCAAUAAUGAACUUUGUUCCAUUGUUCUCUAGGUUUGGUACAUGGACGGCUACCACAAUAACCGUUUUGUACGGGAGUACAGGUCGAUGGAUGAUUUUAAGAAUAGUGACAACUUUACCUCUCACCGUCUCCCACACCCAUGGUCUGGAACAGGGCAGGUUGUAUAUAAUGGUUCCAUCUAUUUCAACAAAUUCCAAAGCCACAUCAUCAUCAGGUUUGACUUGAAGUCAGAGACAAUACUGAAGACCAGGAGCUUGGACUCUGCUGGUUACACCAAUGUUUACCAUUAUGCUUGGGGUGGUCAAUCAGAUAUUGACAUCAUGGUAGACGAGAAUGGGCUAUGGGUUGUUUAUGCCACCAAUCAAAAUGCUGGGAACAUAGUCAUCAGCAAGCUGGACCCAAACACCCUACAAAUCCUCAAGACCUGGACCACAGGUUACCCUAAGAGAAGUGCUGGGGAAGCCUUCAUGAUCUGCGGAACUCUCUAUGUCACUAAUGGUUAUUCUGGUGGAACCAAAGUGCAUUACGCUUAUCACACCAACACCUCCACCUACGAGUACAUUGACAUCACUUUCCAAAACAAAUACUCACAUAUUUCAAUGUUGGACUACAAUCCCAAGGACAGGGUUCUGUACGCUUGGAACAACGGUCACCAAGUGCUGUACAAUGUCACCCUGUUUCACGUCAUUAGGUCUGAUGAGUUGUAGCCAGGCCCUGGCACUUACAAACUGAACAGGGAUGUAGAAUAGAACUUGCUAAGUAGAAAGAUGGCUGCCAAAAUUAACCAAACUGUCCUUUUGACGGGUCAAACGUUAUCACAUUAAAUGGACUUGCCCGACGAGAAUCAAAGGAAUCGAUCUUUGAGACUAUCUAUCUUAGCAACACCAAGUAAAAUAAUUUUCAGCAGUACUCGAGUUUUCAAAGAACAAAAUAAACCUGUCUUUUACAAACAGACAAUGGCAGUGACUGUUGAUUAUAUCUUGCUAUGGACAAUAACCUGUGUAAAAAAAACUAAUUAAAAAAAAAACCACGUAUGAGUUUUAUUGGAUAGGAAACGAUGACUGGUUAAAGAAUGGGGAGCACAGUGUUGUGUACACAAGAAAGAGAAAAAUAUAUAUGAAAUUAGCUUGUAUCAGAAAAAAAAAAUUAUGUAUAAUUUGGUGAUUUUGAAUGUAGAAAAGUAAUUGUAGCUUUUUUCUCAAUCAAAGCAGUUUGCCGCUUGAGAAGUGUUAUUAGCAAGAUACCAGUCAUCUUAUGGUCUCCUAUUUAAGAUGGUCAGAAGUAUGUGUACCCACUAGAAUGAUAGAUUUUCAUAUGGUUUAAACUUAUGUAUUCAGAAAAUAUCAUGUAUAAUGUCUGUUGUAAUAAGAGAUAUUCAACUGUAUUUGUCCGUUCACGCAAUGAAUGUUGUUAAAUUUGCAGUAGUUUGGAUUUAUUAAGAACAAUGAAUUUGUUACUGUAAAAAAGAAAAGUUGUGAAAAAAAACUGAAAAAUAUUUAUUACAUAUAUAAUAUAUACAUAUGGAUAUAUGAAUAUGGAACGCAGUGUUUACCGUUUACCAAUACACAUCUGCGAGGACCUUUGUAGGAUUGCGCGCAAUUCUACAGGUCUAGAUUAGCAGAGAAGUACAGGAAUAAGAUAUGGUAAUUUUUAUUAAAAAAAUAUAUUAAAAUAAAGCAUUAGAAAUUCAAAAUCUAUAAGAAAGGAAAUAGCUUUCUGUGGAAACUGUGUAAGCUUAUUUGUAUUCCCUAUAUAAUUAAUUGUGGCAAAAGUACGGGAGGGAUGGAGUUUAAUUUUUUAUUUAAAUAUUCGUUAAAAAAAAAAAUAUAAGCAAAUGAAGAUAAAUUUGUAAAAUCCACAGGUAUCAAGGGAACAAUAAAACACAGAAAUAUUGAAGACACG